GUUCGCCGUCAAAUUUCGCGGUCCGAGACAUGCAGCAGAUCGGCACGACGGCCGUCACCAUCGCCACCGGUCCGGGCAGCCAUCUGCAGAAACCGUCGACGUCGUCGUCGCCCUCGCCCUCGUCCGGUCCAUACGACGGCAACAAGGCGACCGCCAUGGCGAUCGGCACGGGCACGUACAACCGGCGGCGACCCGUGUCCGCGGUCCGGCACCACGCGGGCGACGACCGCGACCACGGCGCCGGCGACGACGACGACGACGACCGGUCGUCCGACGAGCUGUCCGACUCGGGACAUUUUCUGGCCAAAGGAGCGUUCCUGAUCACGCCCAGUAACGAGCUGAACCUGGAGAAGGCGACGGCCAUAUGCGAGAAAAUGAACUACAAGGGACCGUACUCGGUGACCCGGACCGCCACCGGUAUACUGUUCAAGUUCGCCGAACAGGACGACUAUCACGUGACGUUCCGCAAGGGGUUCCACAAGGUUACCAACUCGAGGUUUUACAAAAAGGUACGGUAGUUUUUUCCGUACAUUUCGGCGUUACCUCUGUCGCGCCGCCGCCGUGAGAGUUUCAGAGUGGGACUUUAGUCCGGGGUGUGUCCCCGGGCCCGCGAGGUAAAUCGCGGCGAGCGGUUUCCGAAAACUCAUAGCGCACGCGGUCGGCUGCAACACCGUCGGUAUACCCAAUUUUCGUUAAAAAAUAAUCGAGUACAAAACUUUUGUGCGAGCUCACCGUGACGUCUUUUGUCGAAAAAACGCGACUCUCGUUUUCGUUUUAUAAUAUUUUAUGGGUCACAGAACGGAUCGUUUGGACGUUCGUUGUAUGUUUUUUAUUAUAUUAUACUUGCGAUGAUUAUCUUUGCUCCUACAGGGAGAAGGGCUUGAGACGACAAUGUUGAAUACCGGCGAAUUCAAUUUUGAAAAUUAUUUGACGACAUAAUGACGUAACUGUUGUUAAAUAACCUAAUCUGAAUACGCGUAAAUGACUCGAGUCGUUUGCAUAAUAUAUUUAUUUUAAUUUCGAUACGUGUAUUGUAUAACGUACUACAAAAUAAAGGAAACGCACUUGUACAAAACAAAAUUAUGGGAAAAAAAAAAACGUCGACAAUUUACUUACGCGCUUUCUUUGCAAGAAGUAGCGUGCGAAUAAAACAAUCGUCUUUGUAUCAUAUGACAGUAUAAAAGAAAGGGGAAAAAAAGUCGAGUAACGUGUGUAUUUCAUUUUCGAAAACGGACGGGUCGGUAAACGGGGUGUAUUAGUGUGAUUCACGUGUUCGAUGCAGCUGGUCGAAACUUUAUUCGACAUCACUACGCCGGGGACAAUACUUGCGCUAAUAAUAACAAUACCGACAGCCCGUAAAUAUUAAUUCCCGACGUGGCCCGGUAUCUUUGAUACAGGUGCACGGGCUUAAAUAUUUUAACCCCGGACUGAUUUAUUCGAGAAGUACGGUUUUACCUUAUAGGGUACGGGUACAGACAUAUAAUAUGCAUUUAGAGUAAAACGAAUCGUUUCUAUAACGUGUACAAUACGUAUGUAUUACUAAAUAUAAUAUUUAUACACUUCAACUUUACUUAAUUAAGGCCGCGGGUCGGUAAUUAAUCAGUGUUCCGGGUCGAGGAAAAUACAAAUUAUUAUAAAUACUCGCUAUAGAAAAUCGCUAAAAUAAAAUUCGACGAAUCUUGAAAAAGCGUUUAGAUUUUUGUCUCGAAUAGAUAUUAUGAUAAUAUGUAACCGGGAUAGAGUCCGAUUUCUAAUCGCAUCACGGUGUCUAUUGACUGCCCGGACGCUUUUCCGAGAUGUCCGGGGCCGGCAGUCUGAAUGACCGAUAGCACAACGGUAUUGUAAUAAAUCGGGAUUGUCAUUUCUUGUUUUUGUUAAAAUUAAUUGAAUCUUUGUUUUGCUAACUGUUUAAAAAAUUUGAUUGUAUCAGGGAUUUGUUACAAGGGAGAAAAAACAAUUUUUGUUCCGCAUUAAGAUUUCGUAACGGCAUUAAAUCUUGAUUGUUGUUCGUUUUCAAUUCCAAAUAUCGGUAUUGUACAUUUUUCGAUUUCGGUUUAUUAAUAUACUGUGUUUAUAGUUUUUUUUUUUUUUUCAGUUUUAUACAGGUAUUAACCGUUAUUCAAUACCGGUUUUAAGAUCCGCGUACACGGGUUUUUAUCAAAAUAAAUUGUUGAUAAAGAAAUAAAUGACAAGCCCAUAAUUUCAAAUUCGGAUAUUUAUAGUUAUAAAAUAAUAAUAUAAUGAUACAUUCAUAUAGAUUCCAUGCGAUUUUAAAAAUAAUUUCUUCUUUUGACAACAGAACACAAUCCAAGUAUAAACGUGAAAAAAUAUACGGACAUAUUUCGCACGAUGGGUGGGCUACUGUUGUAGGUGAGAAGUAGGGAGAGCAGGAUAUAGGGAAAAAUUUAACGUAAACCUGUACGCAAAGAGUUUUCUUUUCUAACGAGCACCAAUUGGAAGCGGAGUUUGAUCAUACAUGUUUUAAAAGGCAGUAAUAUUUACGAUUUGAAUAUAAAACAUUUCGUACGUUUUCCCUGCGUUUUUUCCCAUUUAUAAUGAAAGCCCCAGGGAAAAUCAAAAAAUGUACUUCAUAAAGUACCGCCCAAGUCCAAUUUCCUUUAAGAAAAAGUGAUUUCUGGUAGAAAAGUCGUUCACAGGAAAAAAACAAACAUCAUUAUAAAAUCCAAUACAUUCCUCGAUCCACUCAGAAUCUAAAACCAGUACGUUUUUUAGGCCGUGGCACGUUGUUGUAGGUGAGUAGGUAUUUGAAUUAGUACGCUACUUUAAGAUGAUUCAUACAAUAAAUUUUGAAAACAACGAAAAACGAUCCCAUGUAAAGUAAAGGCGUAAGUAAUUUUUUUGAUAACACCACAAGAAGAACCUACGGGGUGAACUGAUUUCGAUAAACUAAAUUACCGCCGGCCGAAAAUUUCACAAUAAUUUUCCCCGAAGAUUGCGUGAAAAAUUCGGUACAUUUUUACUAACCAAAACGAAAAAAAAAAACCAACAUUUUUUUUAAACCUACCUAUAUUACUAAUAGUUUCUUCGUUCAACUAGUUAUCUAAAGAAAUAGGAUUUAAUAACCAAAAUACACGUGUUGCUAUUCUUUUGGGUAUUUUAAAAACCAAUUUUUGCUUUAGUAUUUAUUUCGCGUGGUCAAUUAUUGUGUUAAACAUCAAUUUGCUCGCAAGCACACAUCAUAAUAAUGUAUUAUAGAACGUGACCGAAAUCGGUAAAAUCCCGAUGAAAAAUCUGUCGGACGACAGUAAAUUACAUUACACCGUUUCUAAAAAUUAUCGCCUUAAACGGGAACCGUACGUAUACAUCUACGCGUAUAUGUUUUCAUAUCAAAACAGAUAAUAUUUAUGAUAUCGUUAAAACUUUUAACAAACUAUUAUUACGCUACAUAAUGCAGACCCAACAGAUUUUUUGUCACGCGGAAAUUAACUGGAAUAUUAUUCAUGACGAACACCGUAAUAUAUUAAUGUAUUCAUGUACGUAAUUUUUUUUCUGUUAAAACUAAAGUGUUCAAUAUCCGAAGAAUUAUGCCCGCUAGACGCGAAGUAAUUUUUUUUUAAAUAUUCUAUUAAAAAUCCCGGCGGCGCGGUGCAAAGUUUUAGCGGCCAUAAUUUUUAGUUGUAAACAUAAUAAUAUUAUAAUAAUAAAGAGUAAUUUUCGAGGUUUGGUUUUUUAAAUAGCUUUUAUAUAGUACAUAAAAUAAAAUGAGUAAGAAAGUCUGGAACAAAAAUAAUUAAGAACAUCUAUAAUAUGAAAAACUUUCUUGUUUGCCCCUUAAUUAGAGUGGAGAAAAAACGACCGCUAUUAUUUUGUAAAAUUGUAUUUAUAUACUAUUAUAAUCACGGGGGCGAUAAAAUCUCGAAGACAUUUUCGAAAUUAUACUGCCUACCUACUCAUAUUUUACAAAUUAACUCUUGUAAACUUAACUCCUUACACGAUUUUAUGUUUUGACCACGUUAUUAUAGUUAUUAUAAUAUUGUUAUACACGAGCGCACAACUGUUAAAUUAUUGUAUACUAUUUGCAUUGAAUUUAAAAUAAAUGUUAUAUAAAGCGUAGGUUAUAACCAUAAUUAUGACCCAUACAAAUAAUUAUCCAUUAUAAUCUCACAAGUUGUACUAAAAAUGUAUUGCAAUAAUUAAAAAGUUUUUAAAAAUACAUUAAUAGUUGUAUAACUUUAAUUUACAUACAUAAUGAACGUCAUAUUUAACAUGUAUACUGUAAUUUAUUGUAUUUUUAGUGGGAUAGAAGACAAUACUGUCGUGGCGUAACGAAGAAUCGAAUUAUUUUUUCUAAGAUAUGCGAGUGAUUUUUUUUUUUCAAAAAUCAAUGUUUAGGUUUGUAAAAGUACAUAUAUUUUACCUUAACAAUGGAAUUUUUUGCUUGACGGUACAUUAUUUAGACUAUUUUUUCAUUUAAAAGUUGUUUUUUUUUUUAACAUUUUUUUGGUUAGAAUUUAUCCGAUCGUUUAUUUUGUUCACGAAAUACCCAGAAUGAUACAAAAUUUUAAUCCGGUUAAACUUUUUUUCAACAAUUUACUGAUAUUUACAGCAGUUCACUCUCUAGGUCUUUUUUUUUUUUUUUUGUUAUUUGAUUUUUGUGUACAUCUGCAGUUAUAUUGAAAAUAAUGAAUAAAUUCGAUCCAUACUCCAGUUGGAGGUAUUUUAGCAUGCAACGAUUUAUCUUCUCUUUGAUAGGAGUACUAAGCCAAUAAUUUGGUUAAAAAUUAAAAUAGCAAAAGCAGCAUAAAGAAAAUACUAAAUAUCACAUUGAUUAUAAUAUUUAAAAAUAUUAUUAUUUCUACGAAUCGAAUAAAAAAAUAAGUACGUACGAGACGAGUACGCAUACAAUUGUGUUUUAUUUUUACAUUUGUACAAAAUAAAUUUAAAUAUUACUAUCACAACGUCAUUAUUUUGUCGUUGUCGGAUUUUCGGUGCAUUAACAUACAAAACAUAGGUUUUUUUUUUUGUGACUAUAAUUUUCUAUAAAAUAAUUCAUGAUCGUCGAUCGUCGUGACAAAUAUAACGGAGGGUAAGGCUCAUCCGGUAAACAGUUAUAUUUUGUUAUGGGCGUGCGAGAAAAAAUUACCCAUACUAUACUCGUAGAAGAAAAAAUAUAAAGUCUAUUGUGUGCAAGUGUAUGUUUGUCUGACGUUGAAUAGAAAUCGCCACACUUCGCUAUACUUUAUUUAUUUUUACAAUUGCGCAGAUAUUUUAUUUUAUUUAUUUUUUUUUUUUUUUGUUAGAAAAGAAAAUCAUUUUUCCCCUUCUUUUUUAUUUAUACAUAAAGCUUUGGUUAGCUUUUAUUAAAAAUUAGUUCUCGAGGGACGGGAGUGGGAACAAAAAAAAAAAAAAAACGUGAAUCGCAAUCUUCUUAAUAGCUCUAAAAUAUCCCAUAAUAUUUAUUAUAAUAUUCCCAAAGGAUUAUUAUUCACAAAGUGAAUAUUUUCUAUAUUAAUAUUUUGUUUUUAUUUCGAUACAAUAUCCGCACAGAAAGUUCACGGACAUAAAAUUAAUAUAUGCAUAUUCUUAAACUAAAUGCCGACCCCUAUAGCAGUAUAGCCAUAGCGACUUUAUUUGAAAAAUAUUCAACGAUGGAGUAUGAUAAUUAAAAAAAAACUAAUUGGAUUCCGUUUUAAAUUCUGUGUAUAAUAUUAUUUAUAAAGUUGGCAAUGUUUGGCGUUUCCGAAUAGUUUCUACUAUCAAUAGAUUCAUUUCGAUGAACUAGCGAAUGUUUCGUUUUAAUAUGUUUUCCAAUGAGCGAAUAGUUUUACGCGGGAGAACAGUUAUCGAAUAGUUCGAAAGCGAUCGACUUCUAUCGAAUAGUUUGUUAGCGACUUGUCGGCUGCGCCCGUAACUAGAUCACACGUGUUUCAAAUUACAACAUAAAAUAUCAAUAUUACAUCAAGUCAGUACCGAAUCAGAGAGAGAGGGUUGAAUUCAAUUUUCCAGAAGAUCAAACCGCAAUGCUAAUUAGUCAAACAAUCUUGCGUAGUAUACAGUCAAAAUUGAAAAACGAAUUUGAAUUGCACGCGUCAUUUGUUAAAACAUUGGGUUGAGAGUCCCCCAGACUAAUUUUGUAUGUUGAACAUAUUUCGGUUUUUUCCCCGUUUGAAUUGAUUCUGGAGCCUGGAAACGGAUAGAUAAAUAUAAACGCUUGUGCAAGACCGAGUAAAUACGAUGACACACUUUGCGCCCAAUGUAAACAUUAUCAUAUUUGCAGAUUUGAAUGCUUAAGAUGUUCGUAUCGUUUUUAGUUUCUAUCCGAAAUAUUCGUUAUAAUCGAUUUAUUCCUACAAACUGUUCAAACACUGAAAAAACGCGUAAACAAGUGAAUACUUUAUUUUUUUUUUUUAAUACUGCGUCUCCUAUAAGUAACGUUACACAAUAUAAUAUAAUAUAUAAUAGGCUCAAAUAAUAUUGGGCCUGUUAUUCGAAUCAAUUAAAAACGUAUCGGUUUGAUUAUUCGAGUUUUCGAUACAGUAUCAGCGUGGACCUGAUUUGUGCCAUAAUAAUCGUUGAUUGUAAGUAAAAAUUAUUAGAAACAUUUUUUGUUUUUUUUUUUUUGUUAACCGAAUUUUGAGUAGGACGUUCGUUAUUAACGUCGAUUUAAAUAUUUUUAAUCAUAUCGUUACACCGUCUUUAUUGUCGAAUGUAUUUUAAAGUAAAUAAAAAAAUAAUAUAUUAUUGCAAAUUGCAAUAUCUCGUUGAAAAUGUUUUAUCUAAAAUUGAAAAAACUUUAAUCAAUAGACCUGGGUAUCAGUGAAUACCGAUAAAUAUUAAUUUUUUUUUACAAUGUUCUACAUUUGCUUAGAAAAUUGCGCACAACAAAAUAUAAUACGUCAUAUUAUGUUAAUGUAAGACAAUAUAAAAUCCUAUUCGUUCAUUAGCCGCCGUAAUGUUAUUUUAAUAGGUUACAAUUAAUAUUCGUUUAAUUUGAAGACUGCAGCUUGACAACCCAAAUAAUAUUAUAAUGAAUUUGAGUUUUGUGCAUUUUGUGGCGCGUACCGUUCACAAAUAGUGUGCAUUUUUGUAAAUUUAACCAUAUUUUUGAUUAUUUCGUCAGAUGUCAAUAUCUGCGUUCAUUUUUUAAAGAGGUAAAUUUAAAUAACAUAUUCUUACGAGCGUACGAGUGAUAACGAGCUAAUUACUAAGCUGUGCUUUUUUUUGCACUUGUUCGAUUAGUAAAAGUACUCGGAUUUUUUCAAACGGUAUCUUCAAAUAUGCGGAUUUUUCACAGCACUUAAUGCGACAUUUUUUUUUUUUUUAUUAUAUUCUCCAAAAAUUAUCUAAAAUUUAAAAAAAAAUUAACUGACAACGAAUAACGACACAUUGUCACGUUAUUUUUGUUGAUUUCCGAGUAGGCUCAUAGGGAAAUAAUAACUGAGACUACAUAUUAACACUUUAACUGCGGUAUACCGAGCUCCGCUCAGAUAUUGUUAACGAUAUUAGCCUACUAAUUCAUCAUAGACUUUACAUUUCCGACUUCUUACAUACAUUACGUACCUAUCCCAUGGUUGCAAAGUAUUAUGUCUAUUGUCUAGCUUUUUUUAUUUUCUUAUCGACAUCGAAACCCAUACCAUAAUGUCGUAACACAAUCUGCACUCGUACUUACAAUACGUUCGAAAAACUUAAUGCACUAUAAUAUAGUUUUCGUGUACAAAUUAAAAAUGUACAUUUGCAUUCUCGCGAUGAUAGAUAUGGGUACGUGCCUACAUAAAAAAUAAUCGUUUUCUUGAAUAACACCUUUUCUAAUGAUUUCCGUACAGUUAGGAUAUUACAUUAUUUGUUUAAAAAUCGCAGACUAAUAUUUUUUAAAUUUAUUUCGAAAAAUACAAGAGAGAUUGUUUGUCUUGAACAAAUAAACAUCAUGUUUUGUACGUUUUUUGUUUUACUAAUAAAUAUAAGUAUAUUUACCUCUGGUUUUAUAUUUUUUACAUUCAAAGCGGUUUUAAUUCCACAUCCGUGUAUUCUACGAGUAUAAUAUUGAAUCUAAUUGGUACCUGAUAGUAAUAUUCUCUUUUUUUAAUUAGAGCACUGUCAAAGAAUAUGAUGUGUACAUUAUUUUGUCAGUGUUUUCGAAUCAAAUAAUAUAUUAAUUCAAAGGUAGAUAGGUAGGUACAUAUUUUUUUUUAAUUGCAUAAAUUACGUUUAUUUUAUUUACUUAGAGCGUUUUUUUUUGUUUAAUCCACUUCGUCUUGUGACCGAAAUGAUAAUUUUUAUUGGUCGUUUGCAUUGCAUUACAAUUCAUUAUACGCGCGAAAUAGAAUUAUUUGUCAAAUGCAUAUAAUAAUAAUAAAUAUUAAUAUUUUAUGUACGGUAUUACGAUUAAGGUAAUGCCUACUGCGAAAUGCCUAAUAUAAUAUGUUCGGCAAUAAUUAUUCAUUAACAAAACGAUUUUAUUUGACAAUACUAAUUAAUGAAAGAAAAAAAAAAAAACAAUUAUUUAUCAAUCGAUUUUUCGCGGGGCCGCGUACGAAUCGGGUAAAUCAUUUGAACGGCCCUUAUUUUUCGGAAAAACGUUCAUUCAUCGGAAUUGAAUCUCGAUAAAGUACGUUGUUUUUUUGCUAAGUAAAAUAAUGAACAAUAAAUAAUGCUAUUAAGAGAUAUAGCAGUUUCCGAACGCGAAUUACGGAAAAUAUCAAACGAGAAAACAAAUAAAAUAUAUCGAAAGAAUACUCUUCAGGAAUCGUUAUUAGUUACCGAAUCUACAAGCUAUGAUAUUAAUGAUAUCGUUACUUAACAAAUCGGUGGCGUAUAAUUAUUAUUAUUUUUUUUUUUUUUUUACAAAUGUAUACCAACAAACUGAGCAAGUCUUCAAACUACAAUUAGCGCCAUCUAGCAACGCAGCGACACCACUAUUGGUUAAAAUUUAACUUUUGUUUUUCUUGGUAUUUCAAACGCUUAGAUCAACUUCAACAUCAAUGUAUAUAAAAAUAUUACUUUAAGACGCAGCGAGAAAUCGUCUUCAAAAUGUAUGUAUACCCGAAAAAUUAUAAAAUCUGACUUGAUCACAAAAAACCCGACCGUCCAUUUUAUUAUAAUUGUAUACAAACAUUGUUAAUAAAAGGUAUAUUUUUCGAUAAAAUAUUACUUAUUUUAUUACAACAACGGCAUUUAAAAUAGUUUUAAUCUAAUGAACAUAAUAUAUUAAUUAAAAAUUUAGUAUAGUAUAAGGGGUUGAAUACUAGAUGUCUCUUGUUGCUCCGGGUUCUGCCACCAAACCGAAUAACAUACGACACGGUAAUCACCGUGAUAAUAGCGCAUAACAUAUCCGUAUCUAUACAGAGUCAUUGAUAAUAAUAUCUUAAUAAUGGAAAUACUAUUCCCGGAAAAUUCGGUUUCGAUUUUUUUCAUAAUAUUUUCGGUAAUUUAUGGUCUACCCGGAAUAUCAUUCCGGAUAAUACGGGUCAUUUCUUUGGAAUAAUUUACUGAUUAUACGGCGUAGCAUUUUGAUUUUUCAAUAAAAUAUAAUAUUGCGCAUCGGUGACGGAAAAAAAUAAUAAAAAAUUACAUAAUAUAUUAUACUUCGGCGCUCGGUAGCAUUAAAAUGUCGAACAGGGUAUUUUUUCCCCCGUCGAAAAUAUAACAGUCACGCGACAUUUUUUUUUUUAUCGGAAUUCAUUUCGAUAGUUAAUUUUCAUACCGCCGCAGCUUAGGUAUAAUGUUUUUGAUGGGUACCGACGUACUAUGGGAAUAAAUAUUAUAUUUAUAUUUUAUAUUGAUUAUAAUAUUCGUAUAACGCGCGUGAUUGAUCUUUUUUUUUAUUUUAUUAUUUUUUUUUUUUGACCUCGCGGCCGGAUACCGAUGCAUUAUAUUCGUUUUACAUAUUAUAACACUACGCCGAUAUUAUAAUAUAGUAUAGUGACGAAAUGCUAUAAUCGAAGUAAAAUAAAAAAAAAAAAAUAAAAAAAUGAUAAGUUAGUAUUUGCCGUACACUCUAUAUUAUGUAUAAAGUAUAUAGCCGGUAGUAGGUACGUAUAAAGUUUAGUUUGUGUAGGCACAAGCGUUAAUAAAAUAAAACGGUCUGGCAAGUUUUAGAACGUUAAAAACUUUUCACCCGGGUUUAAUAUCGCCGUAUAUUAUACAUGCGGCGAAGGACCCUGAGAGGCUUUUAGGUCGUUCCCGGGCCACCGAUUAAUUUGAUGCAUAUUUUAGAAUGGCAGCUUAUACCCCGAAAAGCACUCGGGAUAUAAAUAUAUAAAAAAAAAAAAAAAAAAAAAAAAACCGAAAUGGUAUCCAUACAGAGCUAUAUAGUGGGGGCGGGUUAAAAGCGGCAAUGCAUAAAAUACGAUCAAACAUUAUAAUAUUAUAAUAUGCGACACGUAUAGGUACGUAUAUAGUAAAUAAUAUAGUAAUUUUGCGCCUCGACGUUUCACGUUGACGUUAUUAUUAUUACUUAUUGAUGAAUCGAUUUUCAAUGACGGGACGUGACGACGGGAAAAGACAAAAAAAAAAAAAAAAAAAAAACAAUAAAAAAAUAGGAUACCUAAAAUUAUUUAAUUUAUAUCCGUACGCGACGAUUAACAAUUAUUGCUUACCAAAUACGAUGCUGAGUAAACAUUCAUACGUAUUGUAACGUUCGGUUAUAUUACAUAUUUUAGAAUGCAGUAUUUUUUAAGGUUUUCGUCAAGAAUUGACCUUAAAUGAACAAUUUAACAUACUGUGUAAAAAAAAUUUAAUCGGCUUUUUUUUUUUUUUUUUGACCAUUUAGUACGACUUCAAAUAGACUUUGUGGUCAUUUCUCAGCAUUAAACCACAUUGAAUUAAUUAUUAACGUCCAGUUAUGAUUUAGCGAGACGUUUUAACAGUGGCUCGUAUAGUACACUUAUCAUUGUUACUACCACUGGCCACUAUAAUUGUAGGUAUAAAGUCGAGAUGGCAGGAUAAUAAUCUAAAGCAUAAUUUAGCCUAUACACGUUAUGGAACGGUACAUAGUUGCGAGCAGUAAACGAUUCUGAGCGGAGUACGUUUACAAGGGCACUCACCUAAAAAAAAAUAAACAAUCAUAUUUUACCAGUAAUUAUUAGCUAUGAAAAAAUAAAAUAUUGAAAAGAAGAAAAUGCAUUUCAAGUGUCAGAUCUCCGUCAUACGCUCUAUAGAAAUUUCAAAUUAAUAUAUUUAUAGGUAUUUGAUUAUUGUGUUGUUAAUUUAUAUCGUUUAGCCGUUGAACAGUCGUUUUAGUAUUAUGCGAAUUUCACAUUUCAGUUGGUUUCACGCCGCGGACGAUAUUCAAUCGGCACAUCGCUAAAAAUAUAUAACGUCGUGCGAGGUUUAUAAAUAGAAUUAUUUAAUUAAAAAGGUCGUCGGUUCGUGCUAAACUUCAAUGAAAAUCCGAGUAUUAUAUCAUUUACGCGUAAAGUGUGUGAAUUAAUAAUUUAGUACUCGUAAAAGAAAAUGCAUAAAUAAUAUACAACCGCAGUAUUCUAUACAUCGACUAUACCAUUUACAUAAUGUUUAUAACCUGCCUCUAUCAUCGCAUUAAAUGUAUAUUUUUAUCGAAAAACCGCAUUACGAAAUUUCUCAAUAUUAUAAUUUGUUUACACGAACAAAAAAAAAAAAAAAAAAAACCAUAAUAAUAAUAAAAAAUACGGGCAAAGUUCGCACGAUUGGUGGGCCACUAUUAUAGGUGAAAAGUUUAUAAGGUAGGAUAUAGAGAGAGGGGAACUCAAUGUAUUUUUGUAUGCAACGAUUAAUCAUUGAUAACGAAAAACAGUUCCGAGUGGAGUUCGGUUAUAGGUGUUUUAAAAGGCCGUAAUAUUUACGGUUUUUGUCAACAUUUUCCAUUCCAAAAUUCUCAAAAAAAAAAAAAAAAAAAAAAAAAACCAACACAUUAUACUAAACUCAAUUUUUUCUCGUUGACUGCAGCUUAUAAUAAACCUCCUGUUAAAUUUUCAACCGUUUCUGUUUGGUCUAACAACUUUAUCUACAGAGAUUAAUCAAACGCUGUUUUAAUAUGUCGUUAAACUAUACAGUAAAGCGCACUUUCGUAUUUCGUUGAAAUGUAUUAAAUUAUACGGGUAGUAUACAGUUUACAGAAAAAAUAAUGAGAAAUCGUAGCUAUAUCGUUCUGUACGAUCACGAACAUUAAAAAAAAAAAAAAAAAGUUGAAUUAAAAAUGUAGUUACAUCAACAACAAAACAUUUUCAACCGAACUCGGCUAAGAAUUGUAUUUAACGAGAAAUCGUUUAUCGUUUUACACAAAUAGAAAUUAAAUAAUUCAGUGUAUACCGAUAUUUUCUAGCUUCCCGCCUAUAACAGUGGUAGCACAUUUUUCAGCAGUAUCAGCUCUUUCUUAAAUUUUCGAGGGAAAUUUAAUAUCAAUGUAUGUGUAUAGUUUUUUUUUUUUUUUUUUUCAUAUUUUACCGAACGUAUAUAUGUUUAAAUAUAAUAACAGUCAGUUAUAUAGGCGGGAAUAUGUUUCCAUACGUGUGUGACGACGAUUUGUUACAAACCGUUACAUAUUUAUAAUAAUCAUUUUGAAUAGUGAGCCGGGGAAGGGGGAAAAUUAAUUUUCCGCUUGGAUGUAACAUUAUUAUAUUACUUUAAUAAUAAUAUUAUAAAAACGUCUAGAGAAAUAAGUGACAUGUGCAUCACAGUAGUGAAAUAUAUUAUUAUUUGCACACACGAAUGACGGUUACGCAAACAUAAUAUUUUAUGCGCUUAUAUUGUACAUUUUUUUUUUUAUUAUUAUUAUUAUUAUUAUUAUUAUUAUACGCCUGAACGUCAUCGUUCAAUCUAAUGCGCGAACGUAUUACUAUAUUGCCUUUUUUUUUUUUAAACGCGUAUUAUGUACGAACACGAUUCGCACAUUCCGGUUCUCAAUGGAAUUACGGGGUGUUUUCUUUUUCUUUUUUUUUCUUUUUUUUAAUAUUAUGGUAUAACAUUAAUAUUUACGACAGUGGCGUAUUUAUGGUAUCGCCAAGGAGAGAGAUAUUGAAUUUGGAAACCGUUUAAUAUUGUGCAACGCGAACCCGGGCUAAAUACUCAUAGUGGUUAGGUUAUAAAAGGUUUCAUUUUAAACUAAGAAUUAUGUAUACUCAAGUUUUAAACAUUUCGAAGUUCAAAUAAAACAUAGAAUUUUCAUUAAUUUUCCGAUUAAAAGGUAAAGAAAUUUUAAUUUCAUUAUAAGAUACCAUACAAGUAAUAGAUACUAAAAUAAAUUUAAGUGGGGAAACACAUCUCCAUAAUAUUUUCCUGGAAAUACGUCGCUGUUUUAACGAGAUUUCGUGUAAUGAGAUUAAUUUUGGUUUUUAUCAGGCAUUUAUAUACAAUAAUAUUCUAGGAUUACAACUCUUUGACGAUCAGUAAAAAGCUCCGAAUUGUUCACCAAUUUAUAACGUCUAAAAGCAAUAUUUAAUUUUGGUAUAAAAACUAAAACAGAUUGUUUUUUUUUUUAAAUUAAUGAUUCAUUCUUAGUAAAACUAAUACAUUUUUGAAUUUUGAAAGUAAAAAUAGAUUUCCGGUUAUGUUUAAGACGACGUACGUCAGGACACAAUUCAAAUAUCUAUGAUAAACACAAAUGAAUGCAUUUUUUUUUGAGUAACUCGGAUAUUAAAUCUGAGGAAAUAAUCAAACGAAUCGGCAAUUUACAGAACUCAAAUUGAAUUCACCAUUACCUAUACGAGUGGUUGCCGGGUCAAUAAUGGGUUUUCAGCGCAACGUAAUCAUUUUCAACCCAUUUAAGAUAACGAUGGUCGGAGAAUUUGAUCGAGAGCCAUUGACGGGACGGUCCUGGCGUCUGUUUACCCGUAGAAGGAGAAUGAAAAACUAAUGCAUUUCCAAAUUAUCACCUAUAACAACCGACUUAUGGACCUACCCGCAGUUCGAAAUACAUGCAUUUCUGGCUUUCGAUUAGUAUUGUUUACUCGUAUAAUGUUGACUCGCUUUUCUGGAAUUUCCGACCGCGUUAUUUUAAUCGUAUAAUGGGUACACGGCAUGAUCAAUAUUUUACGUAAAACAACGAAUAUUAGGUAACGAAUUCGUAUAAAUAAUUAAUAAAUAAUAAUAAUAAUAAUAUUAUUAUCACGAAUGGUAUAACACGGUGAACAUUUUUAUUUUUUUUUUUUUUUUUUUAAUUAUUGCUCUUGCACAAUAUUUCAUGUACACCGCGUGUCACUGGGCGUUGCGUGCCAUUAUUGUAUAAUAAUAUUGAAUGCGUUUUUAUUAUGCGAUUUCGCGCUCGUAUUGUGUUAUAAUAUAUUCUAAUAUUAUUCACUGGUGGAAACCUUUUCAGUUCCAUAAUCGAAUGGUUUCGUUCAUUUUGAAAAAAAAAAAAAAAAAAAGAAAAUCACAAAUUCGAUAUGCCUUAUAAACACAAAUAAUAAACUACGUUUUUGUAUAGCGAUAUUAUAUACCAUGUAACAAACCCUGGUUUUUAUUCCUUAUAACCAUUCAAAUAAUAUUUUAUCGAACCUGAACCAAUUUUUAAAUUCAAAGUAUAAAUAUAAAACGGUUGGAUUAUUCACAAUAGCCGAAAUCCGUGAUUUGAUGGCACAAUUACUAUUGGCGUGUACGAUUUGCAAAACAAUAAGUACCCUGCAGUAGAUUUUUGUAAAAUAAACCCAAAUUAAUACGUUAAUGUUACUCUUCGACAAAGUGGGCGUGGUUUUUGAUUUUCAAAACUGGUCAGAACCAGUUGUUUUUAAAACUAAAAUUUUACGUGGUGUACUAAUAUAAUGGACCAGUCAACGAUAAGGCAUUUUAAACACAUUUGCAAGAUCUAAUGCGAAAUACCGUUAAUUUAACUAUAAAGUUGACUAUAUGAAUAUUUUUAAUUUGUAUAAGUAAUUAAAAGACUGAUCAGAUAAUAGUGGUAAAUGUAUAUAAUUUUGAGUAGAGUAGAUUAUAUUUAUCAUUAGCGAACUUGGCUUACAAUAAUUUGUCACGUGCAUACAACAAUAAACACAUGGUUGUAAAUCGAAUAUGGUCUUCGUUUCGUUCAAAAUCAAAAAUGUCGUGCGAUUUAUGUAUAUAUAAGAGUAGGGGUGAGCUUCAACUGGUUAUUUUAAGUUAAAAGUUUCGGUAUGAGGAUUGUUGCCCCGAGAAUUGUAACCCUAGUUGCGUUUAUGUCAGUCGGUAAAACCACAGAGAUAUCGAAAUUGAAAAACUUUUUCAAAUGUAUGUCCUUGAACCACUACACUAUCGGCGUUAUUAUUAUUUGACAAAACCUUCGUUUAAUUUUUAUAUACAGUCAACCUUAUGGAUUUUACUUCGUAGAUGAGAGUCCAAGUAUUUUGGAUUAUACCUUCUUUAUUGGUGCUGAUUGAAUUUAGGCCAUCAGCAAGCAAACAUAUCGAACGAUAUCAUACUUGAUCAAAAACACUGUGAAUUAUCUGUGGCCGAGUAUAAUAAAUAAACGAACUUGGAUGCUGGCGAAAGAAGAAAAACAAAGGGAUCCUGAAGAUGAAAGCGGUAAUAAAAUAUUUUUUUUAAAUUAUAGAGAAUCCGAUAGUUCUAACAUGUGGCACGAGAAGACGCACUCUACAUUCACAUUCAAUUAAAUUUGAAAUAUGUUAAAAUUGUAUCCAAUGAAAAAAAAAACAAAAAUUUGUUCGAUAAAAUAUAUUAAAUUUAAAAAAUUAUUUUGCUGGAAAUUAUAAAAAAUAUGUCAUAUUCAUUAAUUUUUUUUUUUUUGAAAUACUGUCGUUUAGCGUUCAGGUAAUAGUAUACAAAAUAUUAGAUAAACAAAAUAUUUUAUACAUUAAAUUAUAUUUACUUUUCUAUCAUUUACAUUUACGUUCCGACAUUGAAGUAAUGAAUUCACAUCUAUUUUUCCUUAAAAAAUAAAUGCAGUAGCAUCCAUGAAUUUAUUUCUUCCAAACACAGUAAAUCAGAUGUAACCGAGAUUUUAUCGACCAUAAUUUUACUUUUUACUACGUUCUACCGCGUGAAUGUUUUAUUAAUGUCAAUUCAUCACUACUUAUGCGUACAAUAAUAUUGAUUCUGUAUCGUAUGAAUAAUAUAUGUACAUAUAUAAUUGUUAUAUAAGUACAGUGACAAUAUCCCAACUGACAAAAUAAGAAUUUUCUUUAAAAAAAUAAAAUUUUGGAAAUCGUGUAUUGAGAGAACGAAGUAACAGAAGUUUUUGAAACACUGCACGAUUUUACCUCUAAAAUUGAUUUAAACUUAUCAGAAAAAAUAUUUUCAUGAAUUAAAUAUUCAAAAUUUGAAUGGACACAAGACAGCUUUUGAAAAAAGCUUCUUUAUACGCGGAAAAAAAGACCAAUUGAUUGCGUUCCCUUUCGAUGAAAACCAUUUUCAAUCUUGAGCUUAUCAGUCCUAGGGAAAGAGAAAUCGAUUGAACUUAAUACGGAUUCUUUACUCGAAGCAGCACUUGAUAAGGAAUCCCUCAUGACUUUCUGGGCUGACGUGAAAAAAUUAUAUCCUGAGGCUUUCAUAAAAAACAAUCAAUGUAAUAUCACCUUUCAUGAGCUCUAUAUUGGUGGAGAUGACUUUUUCGUUUGUUAUACAUGUUCAUUAAAAAUAAGUAUCGUAAAAGACUCUCUGUAAGUUCAAACUCACGGAUACACUUAUCAUCCCGGAUAUGGACAAUAGCAUAUAUAGAAAUUAAUUUGAGGCGGAUCAUAAAAAAAGCUUUUGGGUUUUAGUUAAUACAUAAAUUAAAUUAAUUCAUAAAUACGCACGUGUGCCGUACCAACCAUAAAUUUCAGGGGGAGAGUGGUUGAACCACCGAAACCCUCCCGUAUAUACGCCAAUGGAUUAGGAUUCUGAUUUCAAAAACUUAAGUGUCAUCAAACAUAUUCAAAAAUUGUAUUAUAAUUAAACCGUUGCUGUUUUUAUUUUUCAUUUGCAUUGCACGGCGUAUAAUGAUUAAAAUAAAUAAAUAUUUUCAAUUUUUCCAACAUUACACUUUUUUCAUUCAACUAUUGACUGUUUCGUGUGAAAAUUAUAAUGAAUUGACACUAGUACAGGGAUACGCGAAGUAGUGGUGUAAGAUCAAAGGGUACGUGAAAGAAGAAAUGGUUGAGAACCGUCGAUGUAUACUUAUAUUGUGCCCUUAGCCAACUCACGUGGCUGCAGUCCGCUUGAUAAAGUUGCCAUGUAUGUAUUAUGUAUAUCAUGUUGUGAAUUCAGCACGUCAUUACAAUUGCAUUUAAUCGUACGACGUCGGUGUUCUUUGGCGCCAAAAAUAUUUAAGUAGUUUACACUGUGCGCGCGUAUUGGUUUGACUGUGCGCUCUUAAUUAUAAUCAAACACUUCGCGUACGACUGAUAAAAUUUAAACAAAUAUUACAAAACGUACGUCUGUUGACGCCGUUACCGAUAGUAUUUCGGGCGAACAAUGGAAUAUUAUAAUAUUAUUUGCUUAUCAGUUGACCGAAAACGUUCGUAAACAAUCGCCAUUGUUUUAUGUAUAUUCGUGUUUCGACGCAAUUUUCUAUUAAGCUUAUACCUAAAUAUGAUUAUUAUUAUUAUUAUUAUUUGAAUCUAAUGGCUGUGAAACAUGACGAAUGCUAGCAAUUUAUUUCGUGAAUAGUUCCGUAUUUUAAAUCCGCAUUUUGUCGUAGAAUCGUUUAUUUUUAAUUGCCUGUGUCAUCAAUUAUUAAACGUUCGAUUGUCUCCAUACUCGUUUAUUCUCGGACAUGUUCGUCUCCGCUGGGCGACUACGGCACGAAAGUCGAAUUCGAUAACAAAACCCUGCAAUAUUCAUGUCGAGUAAAUUGUACUGGAGUUUUUAAAAAUAUAAUGCUAAUUUGAUUGAAUUUAGUGCACAAUUGCAAUCGCUUGUAUUAUCGCGAAAAUACAAUAUCACAAUAUAACAAUGGUAAAAUGUAUACUCGAUUAAGAUAUCGAGAAAUUAUAGAAUCAUCAAUUUAAAGCUAAAAAUAAUAACGAAAAAUUAUAAUAAUAAACGUAACUCCUAGCUUUGGCCUAAUCUAUAUUCGGGUUACAUAAAUAAAAAAAUAAAAAAAACUUUCUGAACACAUUUAAAAUGUGAAAAGAAAUACAAUAAAAUAAUAUGAUACGAAAAUUUGAAAAUGGGUGGACGAAAUUAGUAUUUGCUUUUAUUAUUAUAUAUUAUUGUGUUGUACUUUUUGGCUUUGAAUUAACAAUUCUAAUUGCAAUUUUUACAAAAAAUUUUUUUUUAAUGCUGUGAAAUUUAAACGAACAUUUUUAAAUCAUGCCUAUAACAUGGAUACUUUGUUUACCGAAUAGCGAACCGGGUAUAGGGCAAUUUUUAAGCAUGAUCGUCCCAUGAGUCAUGUUUACCGUAGGGAUAAAUAAUGCAUAAUGCAUGCAUUCAAAUUCCGGUUUUCGAAGAGUAGUUAAAGGCGAUAGUUUCUUAUACUUAGGUUUGUCGCAUUUAUGGAGGAUCCUGUGGCGAUGCCAACUUUGAUUUUUCAAACGAGAACCUACGUGUAUUAAUGCGAGUUAUCAAUCAAAUGAUUUUUUUUUUUGAAAAAUGUGAUGUAUUGUAACUUUCGAUUUUUCGAUAGUUACACUAUUCAAAGCAGAAAAUUGCCUGAAAAUGAAAUUUAAAAAAUAAAAAAACAGAAUAUUCCAUAAAUCUCAAUAUGAACGUAUGCAUAAUUUAACCACACAAAUGUAGUGAGGGAGCGUGCUAACUUUGUAUACCCUACACGCUGCCUAAUUGCCCUUUUUUUUUUUCUACCAAACGUAUCGCUGUAUUAUACAAUCGGAACCAUAAUUCUGCACAGGCGUGGCAUCACCGGACGAUAAUGUGAAAUUAAAAAUAUAAAAAUGGACAAAUUGGUUUUUUUUUUUUUUAAUUGAAGUAUUUUAAUUAAUUACAGAAGUACCGCAGUGAUCAAUAUAAUACACACCUAUCAUUGUACAAAAAUUUCCACGAACUCUAUUAUUAUUUCAUUUUGGAGUAACGAUCGUAUUGAUCGCACAUUGUAUACACAGUGUACGGAAUCAGCGAAAUUGCAUGUCGAACUUUUAUUACGUAAAUAAUACCUAUUAGCUACUGCAGCCCCGGAGGAUAGUAUUGUUAUGCUGCAGGCCGUAAAAUGUGUUUUGUCGGAUUAAUCAAAAAUCUAAGCACUGAGUCAAUAUAGCAGUUAAUAAUAAUAAUGAGGACUGAUAAUUUUACGCGCCACAAUACCUUUAAUGCAUUAAAUUCCCGAAAAAUCCAUUGCAAUUAAAAAUGAAACACCCGUAGCGGAAAAAUUUCCGGAAAAACAAUUUUUGGACAUUCUUUCCACGACAAUUUUACCUUGGGAUAUUUUUUCUCUGAACAUUUUUUCAGGGUGUUUUGGUAGAGCACCGUGAACAGCAUAUGUAUGGCAUUAGUGCCAAGGACCUUCCUUGUGGUCGUUUUAACAUUACAACCACCACAAUUUUAAUUCCGAAUUUCGCCACUUGUCUGGAAGUAGUGUUACUAUAUAUAGUUGCUUUAGUAUAGCAUAAGCACAAAAUUUCACGGGUAUUUGAUUAUGUAUCUUUUCACCAUAAUUUUUUCUAAAAUAUAAAGUACGGGUUGGGGGUUGGAAGAAUUCGGAUAUUAUUAUUUUUUUGAAAUUGAAAUUUCUUUUCAUUCGAAUUUCAAUGCUUUCUGGUAAUUGUUUUAUAGUGAAUUCAAUCGCCCAAUCGUAAAUUAUAUCACGAUAGUUUUAGUAAAAACGUUCUGAAAUUCAAAAACAACUGAUCGAGUACCAUGGUCAAUCUGACGGGGGGGGCGUCGACGAAUCCGUAUACACGUAUAUUGGUUUGUUUUCGGACGGUAAUAAUAUUAUUAUCACUCUGCAGGGCGUGUUUACGGAUCGGCAAGUCACCUUGGCAAUGACUAUAUAUAACUUUGCGAAAUCGAUUUCUCCGCGGUGAAUUUAAAUACAUAUAUAUAUAUUAAUAUGCAUAAAUAAGUAUAAAAUAAAUAAUUACUAAAUAAUCGAAUGGAUUUGAAACGAAAUGUGUUUUAUAUGCAUUUUUUGUAGUAGACAAUCAGACGUUAUAAUAAAUUACCCGUAAAUCUAUAAUGGCAACAAAUGAAAAACAAAAAUAUAAAUUGUGUUAAGAACAAUAUUGUAUUAUUAUACAUCCAUCUCGUUUUUCUUCUAAAAAAGUCUCCUCCUUCAUGAAUUUCUAUAUUUCAAUGCGAUAUUUGCGUUGGCACCUUCGGCAUUCAUUUUUCUAUAUUCACCUUUCCUCAAAAUAAUUACAUGGACGAGUAAUAAAAAAACCUUUUUUUCGGAUUUAUGUGUAUGAUUGCACAGUACAUCAUAGAAAUUUUGAUUAACUUUCUCGUAUUUGUUGAGCUGUAAUGAUGGUUGUGAUCGAAAAUUCUAAAACAUUUUAGAUUUUAAACGAAAAAAAGAACGUAUUGGUUUUAAAAUAAUGUUUUUUUUUUUUUUUCAUAUCAACUUUUCUACCAGAAAUUUUUCUCCAAUUUUCGAAGGUUGACCCUUUUCCGAGCGUAAAUUUUAACGGAGUGUUACUUUAUGAAGCUAAUUUUUUGAUUUUUUUUUUUUUUUUUUUUUUUUUUUUUUUGUGGAUUAUAAUGAUAAAUGAGAAAAAUGGAAAAUUUUCCCUGUUUAAUAUUUCCAAAUCGUAAAUAUUACAGCCUUUCAAAAUAUGUAUAACCGAACUCCGCUUAGAAUCGCUUUUGGUUAUCAGUCGUUGCGAACAGAUAUAAAUAUAUAUAUAUAUAUAUAUAUAUAUAUAUAUAUUAAAUGUCUCUUUUCCAUCUUCCUUCUCGACUUCUCACCUACAACAGUGGCUCACCAAUCGUGCGAUGUAUAUCUGUUUUUUGAUAUUUAUUUUCAGAAAUAUUACGGUUAACUCUUAUUCUCCUGAGUAUAUUUUUAUCAUUUUGACUAAACACACUUGUCGCGCAAAAAAUAUACGUUAGGAAAUUUUCAUUUACAUAAAUGGAUAUAGAGUUCGAGAUAAAUGUAUGGGAAUUUUAUAUCAUGAUCUCUAGACGAAUCAUUUUAAGUGAAGCGGGGCGCCGCCGAUCUCCUGGAUGCGGCUCGACUCGAAAUCUCCUUCCACUCUCCCCCCCCCUCCUUCCGGUCAGAUGAAUUUGUGAAAAAUUCUAGACGCGUGUCUGUGAUGUGCAGUUUCGAAUGACCGCGUAUGUAGAGCUGUACCCCUGUAUAACCGUCAGGCACACAAUAUUAUAUCGUAAAAUCGCGUUCCAUCCGCGAAAACGAACAAAGUGUUUGUGUCUAGAGGGAGAAAAAAAAAAACUCGGUUGAACCACCCGAAACUUCCGGUAUGUGAAAACGCCGUGGAUCGGUUUUCGGUAUUUUUUUUUUUUAAAAGCUUUUUCGGUAUACCGCGAGAGGAACUCCCUGGGGUUUCGCCGAACACGCCGUCGCCCCCCCCCCUUCACCCCCAGCCGCCAACAACAAUUUGGAAACUCGCGUUUAUACACCGCACGCGUAUAUAGUUAUAACAUACAUAUGUAUAUAUAUAUAUAUAUAUGUAUAUACACACAUAUAUAUAAAUAAUAUUAUAAAUGUAUACAAUAUUAUCGUAUACGCGUUUAUAUGCAAAAUGACACCGGUGGCCCGCGUUCGGAAACAUUGAUUUUAUCGGUUGAGAAAUUGCUACCGCCGCCACCGCUGCCGCCCACACACACACGCAUAAACGCGCGCGCACACGGACGCGCACACACGCAGAAACACGCGCACACACACACACACACACACACACACACACACCUUCGGGUCCUACCCGCCCGACAGUGUGUAUGCCUCCGCCUCCGCAGCCGCCGCCGCCGCUACCGCCACCGCCGUCUGACGAGUACGCGCCAUUCUGGGUCAUAUCGUAUUGAUAUUUCGCCACGUUUGCCGUCGUCGCCGCCGCCGCGCCGCCUACGCCGCCGCCGCCGGUCGCGCUAAUUAACAUUAACCCGGACGUCGCCACUGACUCUCCGGUACGGCAGCGGCCCGGGGGAGGGGGGGGUGGUGGUCCAUCCCCCUCGCCGAUCGUCGCGUGGUAUACGCGCGCGUACGAUUUUUUUUUUUCUCGAAAAUUCCCCAUCAUUCGCUUGUGGUGGGUAGGUGGGGGGCGGGGGGCGGGCGAGGAGGCCGCACGNAGUUAACACGCAUUGUUAUUACAUUGUUAUGCAAAUCAUAACAAUAUUUUAAUAUAUUAUACGUAUUUAUAGUGCAUAUUUUUGUUUUCACGUUUUUGUCAUUUUUUUUUUUUUUACCCGUGAAAUCGAUCGUCAAGUGCAAUAAUAAAAUGCAUAUUAUAAUAAUGAUAAUCUAACGAAGAACAUACACUUUUUUUUUUUUUUUUUUAAUGUCGUUUAAUAUUUUUUGAUACGAGAAUACUUUCGGCGAAGAUUACGCAUGCCAAUGGUAAUGAACACGGUGAUGAAGAACACCGUUUUUUUCCAUAACGAGUUAUGGAAAAAUAAUCACAUUGAUAGUGCGUUGUAAUAUAUUAUUAUAACGUAUAAAAUACGACAGCGAAUAAAAUGACGUUUCACUUUUGAAGUAAAUAAUACUCAGUUAUACACGAAUUGAACCACGUAUUUGUAAUGCAUUUUCCCGGAACGGCCAAACUAAAGUAAACGCUCUUUGCAACCCGUUAAACACUCGCGCUGCGAUUUUCCCAUUUCCCUCCUCCCCCUUCCGCGAAAAUCACUCCGGAAAAUUAUAAUUUUCAUUUUCACCGCCGGAAUUCCAGUGUCUUUCAUUUUGAACGAAAAAAAAUAUGGGUAUUACUUUUCUUCUUCUUCUUUUUUUUUUUUUUUUGUUCACCGUGUUAUUGUUAAACGUAUAUUUCUUUUUGUUUGUUUUUUUUUUUUCUUGUAUGUAGUAUUGUUUGAUACUUUGAAACGAAAACGGAAUGUUUUAUACUCCCUGAAAAAUUCGAGGAGUACAAAAUAUAUCGAAAGCUAUUUUUCUUUUUUCUCCCCGGUCGUCAUUCACGCAGUCUUAAACGUAACAAAUUGAUAUUAAUAAAAAACAAAAAAAAAUAUAAAAUAAAAUAACAAAACUUUUCUAAGAUAUAUUAUCUAAACAGUCAAUAUGUUUUCUUUUCGGGUUUUUUUACCCAUUUUUGUAAGUGUGUAUAGGUAUACUCCGUAGGCUUUAAUAUAACUUUUUUUUUUUUUUUUUUUUUGGCUUACUAUUUUCAAUAAACUUUGUUCGUGGUUACAUUAUAUUGAUUUUCUCAAAAAAAAAAAAUACAUAUACAUGUAUACACACAUAUAUGACACUUUAUAUACAGAUAGAAAUGUUUGCAAUAAGUUUUUUAUAUUUCCUGUAUUGUAUUUUAGUAUUAUGCGUCGUAUAACCAUAUUGUAUUUGAGUUCACUGUAUAUGCAAUAUGCAUCCGAAUAGAAAUUAUCAUGUGGAUUUCAUAAAAUUCGUUGGUCCCCGGGAAGUGGGGCUCGAGUCAAUUUCCGGAUUAAUUUUUCUUAUGCCGGCGUCCGUUCCCUUUAUUUCAACAUGGAUACGUUUUCGGGCUGGGAGUCGGUCGAAAAUUCGCAAUGCGCGUUUGCUGUGAUGCGAAAAACGCGAAACGGUGCCCGAAUAGUGACAAAACCGCAACGUGUAAUAAAACACAAAACGCGCCUAUUCGUGAUUCUAGGCGUUUGAGCGCGGCGCAGGAAAACGUGCGAAAGGCAUCUAGCACAUAAUUUAUGAUAUAAUACGAAAUGCCGUUUAGCGUAACAAUAUAUUAAUAUUGUCGCGAAAAUAAUUUAUGACAACAAUUUAUUAACAAUUAUACGCGGACUCGUUUUUAAAUGGUAUCAAACGAGCUUAGCGUGCUAUAAUAAAAUUACAGUGUAUUCGUGUAAAAGCGAGUGUAUUUCAAACAUUUUAAUUUAGUUUUCGUUUAUCGAACGCCGCACACGGUUUUAUCGACUUCGACCCUUCUUCUCUAGAACCAUUGGAGCAUAAUGUGAUUACAAUUUUAAACGAGUCACCAUACGAGAAUCGGUUCACAUCUGUCUACACCGAAAUAUAUUUAUUGCGAAAAAUUGAAAAAUGGUUUUUAAAUAUUAUACGAACAUAAUAAUGUUAGUGCUGUGUGUACGUAUUGUGUACCUGGUUUUUUUUUGUUUUUUUAUCUCAAAACCAGGAUAAUAUGGGAUAUUCUUGGAAGUUGAAUAAUUUUUCUAUAUAUUUAAGGCUGUAAUUAUUUACGGCUGUAUAUUUAAGGGUUUUCGGAUGUGAGAAACCCGUCGAGUCUGGAUUUCGUUUUGGGAGAGGACUCGUUGAUUCCGAGGUUACACGGGAACACACUUGAAUUACGUGUUUAUCAUGUACGGAAAUAUUAUUAUUUCAAUUAUUGUUGAUCUCUGUGUUUUCCGUUGGUUACACAAAUGAAAAAAGUACCAUUUAAUAUUUUAAUUAUUUUUUGUUUGUUUUAUAUUUCGUAUUAUAUUACUGUUGACAUGCAAUCCAGCCACCUAUGAGAUUUGACGAAAUGGUAUUAUUUUAUGUUUUGAUUUCUACGAGUAUACUAGAAAUAAAUUUAACCUUACCAAUUAAAACUCGAAUAUGAAAAUAAACCAUUUGUUUCAACAAAAAUAUGUUUUAGGCUAAUGUUCCUCUAUUACAGUCAUUUUCAAUUUUGAAUUAUUUUAAUAUAGAAACAUAAUAUUAAAAUUGAAAAUUUUAACUUAAAAAGCCGAUGAAAAUAAAUUUUAAUAUAACUGUUAUUUAUAAACCGAAAAAAAAUGCCUAUAACAUGCCCCUCGAUUUUCCACGUUUAUUAAGAAAACUACAAGAAACUCUUCUAUAAUCCAUACUAAAAAAAAUUUGCUACCAUUAUUUGACUACCCUUGAUGUUAACGAUUGGAGCAAGAUUUCUGGUUGAAAAUUAGUUCCCCGAAAAUUUUUUUAUACUUUCCUGACUUCAAUUUGAGUGUGAGCCCAUAUAACUUCCUAAAAAUUUUCCUGUCGGAAGUUAUAAAUUUUAGUUGAUUGGAUCAAGUUAUUGUCCGAAUCUCACAGGCUGGAUAUAUAACGGAUAUAAACAAUGAAAGUAUAAAAUAACUCGUCAUAUAAUAAAACCAAUAAAUUCGCUCACCCACUUCGCUCAAGAUUUAUAUUAUAAUAAUUCUUUUUUGCGGUUCGCAGUUUUAACGUCUCGUUCUCUCUCGAUAAUACUACAAGGUAUAACAUAUCGCAAUCGAUUUUUAUGCCGUAUUUCAAAAUAAUGAUGUAGUAAUAAUUUAAACGAAACGUGAAUAUAUUAUACCUAUUCUAAACUAAACGAUAUGCCGUUCAAUAUUUAUUUUUUCGCGCAAAUUGUCUUUUCAAAUCGAAUUCCGUUCGAAUACGCGAUUCGACGGGACAACUGGGAGUAGGUACCUAUAUAAAACUUUACGACUACGACCGUUGCUCACGAAUUCUUUAUAUUGUUCGAAAAUACAUUUGAGAAACUCUAUACGACAGUAAAGUCUUGUGCCAAAACAAGAUAUAUGUAUAUACCUAUAUCUUAUAUAAUCACAGUUUUUUUUUCGCACACCUCCUCGAUUUUUUUUUCACUUCACCUUUAUUAUCUUGCUUAUAUUUCUCCAAUUAUUAUCUGUAGAAAUUUCAUCAUAACCCUUGAUAAUAGCAGUGUAAGAGAACUACUACAUUAUAAAUCGAAUGUGGAGAGGAAGUGUGCACAUACUUAAAGAAAAUAUGAUGCAUUGCGAUGUAAGCUAAUUAUUUUGCCAUGAUAUUGCAAAUACACCUUAUGUGUCUUAAACAUUUUUCUCCAACAUUGACGUUUAAUUACUCCAAAAAUUCAAUUGUCAAGAAAACGAGUUUAUGUUUUGAUGUUUUUCACAUUAUAAUCGUUAUUUUAUUUUAGUGUAGUGAAGAAUGUAUUAGUUUUACAAAGAUAUUUAUUAUUUUUUUUUUUUUUAUGUAAACACUUUUUCUACCAGAAAGCUUACUCCGAUUAUCAACUAUAGCAAUUUGUCUAAAAGGAAAUAUUCUCAGGGUGGUACUUUAGUGAGGUCAAUUUUUGAAAUUCUUAUUAAUAUUCGAGAUAAUGAAGAAAACCUUGUUCUUUAGGUUAAAAAGACUAAAAGAUUAAAAAUAAGGUUGUUAAUGGCAAUUGUUUAUAUUUACUUUUUGUUGUUAUUAAGCUUUUAUUAUUUUAAACAAUCAUUGUAAUCAUGGAAACGCACAUUGUUUUAAUCAUUUUACAAUAGUAUGACAUAUAUAUUGUUGACAAAGAAACACUGUCAACUGAGUUUCGCUCAGAAUUGUUUUUUUCGUUAGCAACGGUCUAUCGUUGCUUACAGAUAUACAUUAAAUUCCUAUCUGUAACCUACCUUCCCAACUUCCCACCUAACACAGUGGCUGCACUCACGUGCGAAGUAUGUCCGUCCUUUUUUUUAAAUUUAUUAUUAGCAGUGCCACUGGUGGUCUAAUAGGAGGAUUGAAUGGUGCUAUAUCCCCCCUCGCAUUAACUUAUUUUUCCUAAAUUUUUUUAAUAAUAUAAUAAUUAUAUAUUAUGGUAACUAUAAUGGUUUUUAAAAAUUAUCCGUUUUGCCCCUCAAAACAUUAUUAUUUAACCACCACUGAGCAAUACAACUGUUUAAAAAUACAUUUUAAAAUAUCUAAGUUAAGAUAAAUAAUCACGAACUUGUUAUCUAGAUGCAAUUAUUAUCUCUUUCCUCUAGAUAAUAUAAAACUAAAAUUAUACCGAUGUAUAUCUAGAUAAAAAAAAACUACACUGAUCAUUUGUAUUUAUAUAAUAUGAUAUAUUUAAAAAAAUAUAUGAUAUGUAUUCAUAUAACAUAACAUAACAGAAAUUUUCAUUUAGUACUCGAUCAAUUAUUUCAGUUAAUUUUUUUAAUACAAAUAUUGCGGCAGAAUCGAACGAUUUUUCGGCCGUUACGAAAUAUUUUCGAAUCGAUUUUCGAGGCAUUUCUAGUGGUUAUUACGGUUAUUCACCUGGAUUAAAAAAAAAAAAGAAAAAGAAAAAAGGCACGGAAUUCGUCGUUUAAUAUAAGAAUAAUCGAUUUAGCGUUUACUGUUCUUCGUCUCUGUUAGGAGGGUAGUAUACUAUAUGUGUAUAUGUAUAUAUAGGUGUUAUGAUGGGAACCCGGUGCGGUUUCAUUAACGUCACGGUAUUCGAUAAAUUAUUAAAUAAAGCUCUCUCUCGUUGUUGUGCUCGGCUGCGGCGGCGGCGGCGAAAAUAAGUGGGACGUCGGUAGACGGGGUUUUUUUUUUUUUUUUUUUAAUUUUUUUUUUAUUUUUAUUUUACUCCUCUGCGAAAUGAGUGGGGUGGGAGCGGGGUACGCAGCAACGUAAAAACGGAACGUUUGAAAAUGACAAAUUGCUACGGCUAAAUACGCGACACGGCGGUCAUGAAAAUAUAUAAAUAUGUCGCGGGAUUAUUCUGCGGGUAAAAUGAUUAAUAGUAUAUGGCGCAUACGAUAUCCUCCUCGGCUCUCGAGCGGUGGCAACCGCUUCCCGACCGACCUUCUCCUCCGCUUCGCGUCUCUCUUCUGUGUAUAUACAUAUAUAUAUAAACGUUAUUCUGUUUGUUUUCUUCGUGAUGGUUUUUUUUUUUUUUUUUUUUUUUUUACAAUUUUUUUGUACCCAAACACCUAAACCAACACGAGGCUAUUUCCAUUUAAAACCGCCGCCAACGAGCGCCGCCACCGUUGCACGCAAUACACGACCAUCUUCACCUCCGCCACACCCCUAUAACCCUUUUCGCGACCAACACACUAUUAUUAUCUGCAGACUUUUUUUUUUUUAAUUUCGUAAUCUUUUUCACCGCAACGAGUUUAUUAUAAUAAUAUAUACACAGGUACAAAUAAACUACGAAGUCGAACAAUGAUUAUUACCUUAACAUAACUUUCGACCGAGGGAGGGACAUGUUUUUGAAUGAUUUUAUUUUUUUACGGAUUUUAUUUAAAAUGCAACAUUUAAAUCAAUUCAUAUUUUCCAUUAACGAAAAAUGUUUUAAACGAAUUUUUAAUCAAAACGUAGGUACUUUUGAGUUUUCGUGCAGUAGGUAGUUGAAAAGUAUAAAAGCUAUAACGUGCUUGCGAUGUACAUCUCAUAAAUAUUUUCGAAAAGCUUCUGAACAAUUAUUUGAACAGUCAUGUUUGAACAGAGUAUUACUAAACUAUGUAUUUUUUUUUUUUUAGAAGGAACUUAGAAGGAAAAAAUAAAUAAGAUACACUGUUAAUUUAUAUGUUGCAAAACUUUUGUUACCAUUAUAUGAUAGUUGCAUACAUAUAUAUAUAUAUUUUUUUUUAACCGUGUAUAUUUUUUAUGGGAUACAUUUUUGGUUUUUUCCCUGUAAGUCAUUGUAUAUUAUUUAUAGAAAAUAUUUACAAUUGUCACAAUUAUCCGUAAAACUCUCUUUGGAUUUUUAUUGACGAAAAUAAUUUUAUUUAAAUUUGAAAAACAAAACUGAAUGAUUGUAUUGUAGAAACGCACAAGUUUAAAAAAAAAAAAUCUAGUUUUAAGUAAAUCAGUCGCAAUCCUAAAACUGGAUCCCUGCUGGAAUUGAAUUGAAUAACUCGUUUGACAACCCCUACUACCAGACAACCUAUUUACUUUAUUGUUUAAACGUCCCACAAAAAAUAUUGGAAUUGUAACCGUUUUUGGAGCUGUAUAAAGUAUUAUAGUACAUGUUUUUAAUGUGUAUCUAAGAUUCGCAGAUAUUUUUCAACAAUGCUAUUAUGGGAUCUAAGUUAAUAUAUAUUAAGAGUAUAUUUUAUUCUAAUUUAAAUCUACAAAAAUGUCUGUUUAAUUUCAUCUAACUAAUAUUUAUAUUUUUUCCUCAGGUUCCCAUACCGUGUAGACCGCAGAAGACGUUUUCAGUUCUAGUGUACGAAAUCCCCGAAGAUAUUCCCGACGAGGACAUUCGUCAUUCGUUGUACAAAUUUCAAACCGUUGUCGAAGUUACCAGACUGUAUCAUACAGGUGCGAUUUUAUAUUAUUAUUUAUUUUUUUUUAAGUUACGGAUUAUAAAAAGCGUCUGCUACUUGUCGGUAAAUAGUAUUCCAUAAGGUUUUAGGUUUUUAUUUUAUUUUUUUCGUACUAACUCAUGGUACUAUUGAUAUUACUACAAGGUGAGAUUUAUCAUAAAUAUAAAUAAACGGUUUUCUCAGAGGAUUUUAAUUGACUUUGAGUUUUUUUUUUUUUUUUAUUUUUAUUUUCCAUAAUCUCGGUUUUUAGGUUUUAUUUUAACGUUCAAUUUUCAAUUUUUUUCUCAUCCACACGUUUUAACAUACCUUAUUAGUAAUAAAGUUUAAUUUUAUAAUAGGAACGCCCAUUUUCAAUCACAUAUUUGAAUAUAAAAUAUUUUGAUGAUGUAGAGAAUAUUAUUUUAUUGUAUUGAUUAUCUUCAACCGGUGGCGGUACAAUAAGACUUGUCUGAAUCAUAUCCUAUCGUUGUUCGGAUUGUAAAAAAAUCUGUAUAAUGUUUAAUGGACAAAAAAAAAAAAACCGAUAUGAAAAUACGAGUAAGUCGUAGAUUACGAAUAUCAUCUCGAGUAUUAAUUAUGUUUUGAUCGAAUAAGUUAUGUUAACUCCGUUGCAAGAGUGUAACCGAGAAAAAUCACAUAAUGUGAUAAUAUUUUAUAAAAAUGGAUUUAAGUCGCGUUUUUAUCCGAGUUCGACCCAUGCCGAAACGUAACUGAGUUGGUUUGAGGAGUUUUAAAAAACAUACUCGUCCUACUUGUCGGUACAAACCUGGUGGUGUUUAAACUGUUCAAAUGAAGUAGGUUUCUAAAGUUUAAACCUAAAACCUAGUGGUCUAGUCGGUGAAAAAUCACGAUGGAUUAUGUAUUUGCACAGCAAUGUGGCCUACUGGGAUUUAGAUUGCGCAAACACGUGAUCAGGCUUCGGUUUAAAAUUAACGAAAAUAUAACGUCCAUUUUCAUUUGGAAUAGGUGGCAUGCAAUAUGCACUAUGCAGUAAAAACAUUUGGUCGGUUUUGUUGUUUAUUGAAAAAAAAAAAAAAAAAUGUAUAACCGAACAAUUAAACCAAUAUUUAUUAUACCUUCCUGCACCGUAAUGUAUUAUUAUAAUUCAUAAUUGUAUAGCAUAACAAUUCUGUAUACACGCGGGUAAACGUGUAAAUUAUUAAUGCAAACACAAAAUAACGUGUUUAUAAUAACAUAAUAUUAUAUACCGCUGCCGACCCGUCUGCCUCUCUAUUUUAUAAAACAAAUAAUUAGUUAAUUCGUUAGUUGUCGUGUUCGCAUAAUAAUGCGAGUGCUACACGGGCUUUCGGUAAUCGGUUUUCGAAAGUUUUCACGGGAUUAUUACUCAAAACGAUAAUAAUAAUAAUAAUAAUAAUAAUAAUAAUAAUAUAAUGAUUAUUAUUUACCUACCGAGUUUGGAACAUACUAUUAUUAUUAUUAUUAAACGUAAGUUGUAAUGUAAACUUCUACCGAAACGAAUCCGAUGUAACUUCGCUUAAAUGUCGAGUUAUUUAACUCGUAUAUUAUAAUAAUUAAUCAAAUCUUCAAACGUGAUAUUGCUCACGAACCUAAAACCGCGCGCGCGCUAUAUAUUUAGGUACACAUCGGAAAACGCAAAGAUAAAAAACAGACUUCGCACGAUGGGGGUGGGCUACUGUUAUAGGUGAGAAGGUAGGAUAUAAAGGGGAAUUCAAUUUAUAUCUGUACGCAUCGAUAAACCAUUGCUAAACGAGAAACGAUUCGGAACGAAUUUUUUGUCGUACAUGCGCGCACAUUUUUCCGUUUUUCCUACGUUUCUCCCGGUUUUUCCAGUUAAUAGGAAUACCGCUUGGAAAAUCAAAAAAUGACCUUGGUUAAAGUGCCAACCAAAUAAACUUUCCUUUUAUAAAAGAUACUACUCUCGAUGUAUCAGAGUAAGGUAUCUGGUAGAAAAGUUGCUCACAGAAUAAUAAUAAUGAAAAAAAAAACCAGAAAAACCAUUAUUGUAAAACCAAUACAUUCCCCGUUACGUUCAGAAUUUAUAUUUUAUAUUCGACAGAAUUAUAACUGAAAUUUACCGAAAUUCGACUUAAAUCCUGGGACCAGAAAUGUAGUUUUUUUAAAACGUCGACGACGACACAAACGAAAUUCGGAAUUCGUUCCGAACCGGCAAAAUUAAAUUAUCUUGUUAUAUCAUAUUAUAUAGCCCGCGAUAUAAUAUUAUGGGAAAAGUAUCGACUCCCAAAGCCCAAAGCUAUCACUACGUAUACUACUACUACUCCUGCUACUACUACUACUACUACCACUACAACUAUUACUAUGUAAUAAUAUUAUAUAUAUGUAUGUAGACGGCUUUCCACGGGAUGGUCGGUUUAAACAGUAGUUUUCGGGCGCGCUGCAGAGUUAUAUGCGAUUUUGGCGUACUACACCCCUCGGGUAAAAUAAUAAGAACCCAUAAACAUUUCCGGGACAUGUCCGGGGUAUUAUCCCUGGGUAUCCAUCGGGGGGGGGAAGAAAAAAAUAUAAAAAUCGUACAACAAGCCUAAUCCGAGUCCCCCGCCGAGACGUUCGCCGUCGGACACUAUAUAUAGACUCCGGAUUUACCGCGCGAUAUAUAGCGAAUGCGUAGUUUUCAAAAGUAUUUCGUUUACACGUUGUGUAUAUACGCUUUCUUAUUCUAUUUCUCUAUUGAAGUGCGCAUGCAGAUAAAGAGACGGGGAAAGAGGAAACAAAUGAAAUAUAUAUUAUUAUUUAAAGUAAUACAGAAAAACCGAUAUUUUCCCGUAUGUAUAAGUACACAACUAUGACGGCGCGGAGAAACGGCGCGGCGGCGCAGGUUGCAGAAAACGUCCGGCGAAACGAGAACCCGAGGAAAUGUACGCACGUUUUCAUAAUAACAAUAAUAUAUCUUUGGUCUUGACGAGCCAAAGAAAAAGCGGUUAAGUCAAUUUUUUUGUAAUUUUUUUUUUUUUGUGCGAUUUUCUAUAAUUUCUCUAAUUUGCUUAGCCAUUUGUUUGUAAUGCAAUUCACUUAAACCCUUUUUCCAUAAAACCAAACGAAUUUAAGUUUUCUUUUUUCUGUUUAUCAACAAUGACGAAGAUGGAAAAAUAACAUCGAUGAUUUUUAUACAAUCAGUGUGGUAUGGUAGUAGUGGUUUUUUUUUAAUGGUUUUUAUAGUUUUUUUAGGACGGUGGAAGUUGGUGGAUGAGCGAGGCCCAAUAUCCAAGAAAAUAAAGAAAUUAAUUGUCAUGAAAAAUAAUUCGUACUUGGUAACGUGAUAGGUUAUAGUUUAUAGUUUAUUGCAUUAUGGAUUUUGCAUAUGCAUUAUAUUAUACAAUGCUUAAUUUUCUAUUCCAUUGCAGUUAAAAAUCGUAUAUUUACUAUAGGCAAUACAAUAAUAUUCUUUAAAUUUAACUAUAUAAGCAGUAAAUUAAGUAAUUUGUUUAAAAAAAAUUGUUUUUUUUAUAAUUGUAUGUGUUCAUAAAAAUUAUAUAUAUUUUCUUGUGUAAUACGCGUAUAUUAAAUGAGCCAGAAUAAAAAAAAAAAAAAAACAAAGGUCUCCUGUAAUAAAAUACGGGUGUCAUAUAAAAACAAAUAAUUGGCCCAAUUAAUCAAAAUAGUUCACCACGCCACCGUUACCGGGUAGCUAUUUUUUUUUUAUUUAUAGACAAAAUUAUAUUUAUUUUUUUACAUAUUUCAUUUGGUUAGGUUACUUUUUGUUUUAAUGUAGUCUCGUAUUUAAAUGCGAGUCAAGUUCGGUUGAGAUUUUAAUACGAUUUACAUAGCAUUAUAUGUUCACUGGGUAGGUGUACGUAAUAAAAUAUACAUAAUUCGUUUGAAUUCCAAAACUACAUACUAAUGUACCUACGUGUUUUAAAAACAUUCUCGUAUAAUGUCGCUUUUGAACGAAAAACAAUACGGUUCCAUAUUGAAUAUUUUAUAAUGAUACAUUUUAAAAUAUUUAGACAAUAAACAACGAUAAUAGAAGAUGAUCACGAUAAAAUGAGUUAUUGUCCAAAUCGGAAGUACUCUAAAUAUUUUUCCCUCGUAGCACUCGUAUAUGUAUUAUGGAUCCAUCACGUACCACCACCUAUGACUAAACAUUCAACUAUUCAUGUCUAUACAUGUCUAUGAUAAGAGCAUAAGACAGUAAAAUACUACAAUACUAUAAUAAUAACAUUAAAAAAUUUAAAAUUUAAAAUAGUAAUAGAACUGUUAAAAACAUUUGCACAAAUAUGAAUUAAUUAAUUUUUAGACCUGCUACCACUCGGCCUUUUGCGUACCACCAUGUUCCUUAAUGCAAACCACAGUCCGAGGACCUUGGCAAAAGUCUCCGAUUAAUAAAUUAUAUUAAUAUAAAUGUAAUAUUCUAUCUGCAAUUUUAAAUUUUUACUAAUGAGAUAUGCAUUUCCCAUCUUUCUGGAUACGUGACAAAUAAAUUUACCUAUCUAGACAAUUUGCUUGGAUAAAAAAUAAAAGAUGCGUGUUUUAUAAAUAUUCUUACUUACGGCCCUACAUAAUAAUAUAAUAUACUUACAGAAGGUUGCAUAGACGUUUACUAAUCGUUUAGUAAACCACGUAAAGCUCUAAUUGAAUAAUUACAUUUUUAAAUUAUUUACCAAAUGCUCAACAAAUUUAGUGGUCAACUAAGCUAAAGGCGGUCGCCUUAAGUUCACUAAAUCACAAGAGAUCCGAAAUCUGCCCGUUAAAAAUUUAAACAGUGGAUUAUAUUUAGACCCGGUACUAAAAACUAUAAGGAUUAUAAUAUGUUUAACACAAAAUUAUUUAAUUAUCAUGCAAUUUUCAUAUUAUGUAUUGUGCAACGUGUUAAUAUUGUAAACAGUUUGCGAAUAAAAUUGCGUAGUUCGAAAUCGGACAACCCAUCGAUUUACUAUACAAAAAAGAAGUCCGAUAAUGAAUUCCAUUGUGGAUAAAAAGGAUAGAUUGACAGAAAUGAAAUCAACGGAUAAUAAUUAACAAUGUAUUGUUAUCACUUUUACUGGUAAUCUAGUUUUAAACCGUAGUAUACAGUUAUUCUAUAAUAAUUUUUUAACCGUUAAUGCGUUGAAAAAUGUUAUUUUAGAAAAGACGGCACUCUUGAAAUUCCGAACAAUUUUUCCGGUAGAAAACGAAAACCGUAGAAAAUGUAAACUAACCAACGAAACGUUAACGUCGCGCGUCGCCGCCGUAAAUAUUGAUCCGUUUUUCGCAUACGUUUUUUUUUUUUUUUUUUUUUUUUUUUGCGAAAAAUACGUUAAUCACGCCGUUAUAUUAUUUUCGAAUCGCGUCGGCGAACAGAAAAAAAAAAAAAAAAAAAAAAAACACGCGCGCGGUAAACGUAAAACACAUAAAUUCUCGGUCGGUUUGACGAAUUCCGCGACAAUUUCGCCUACCGGGCGUAUCUCGCGCACACCGCGUGCGCAGUACCUGCGCGCCGUUAUUGAAUUAAACGGGUCUUACGCGAGCGCGAAACUCGCCUUUGAGGGAUCCCGUUACGGAGGGUCGAAUUCCGGGGCCGCACUUUACUCGCGAACGCGCGCGCGCUCGCCCCGCGCCGUUUUAGCCGACGAUAAUAAAAUUAUAGCGCUCGCGUAAUGCGUACACCGGCGGGGGGGGGGGGUUAGUGAGGGAUUUAAUUUUUGUUUUCAGACACGGAAAAACGGCGGCGCACGUAAUCAUACGCGUGUAUAUAAUAAUAAUAAUAAUAAUAAUACAUCGCGCGGAAUUUAAUUUUGAAACAACAGCACGGAUGUGUACGGAUUCGCCGCGUUAAUUCCAACGCGUCACGGGCCGUGCGGCGUGUAGCGCGUGUACACGUGUGCGUGCGCACAAGUAUAGCGCCAGAUUAAUUAUAACGUUUCGUCGGAAACUCGAGAACAAUCGGACUCGCCACCUGUCGCCACAGCUCUCGCAGCGUGCUCCAGACGAAAACGUUCGAACGCACCUCGUUUUUGUUAUUUUUUAUUUAUUUUUCUAUUAUUUCAUAAACCCUAGGUAAGUACCGGGAAAAAAAAAAAAAAUAAUAAUAAUAAUAAUAAUAAUAAACCGAUAUUGUUUCUAAUAUAUAUUUAAACUGUAAAUCUCGCGGUCCGAGUGUUUUCACGGAUUCCGGGUGAAGCGCAACGGGGACAUAUGUUUGUUUUUUUUUCUUUCGCCACGUUGGCUCGCUUCAAUCGAAAACCGUAUCUAUCGAAACGUUCUCGUAGAAUUUCGGGUUUGGAUAUUUAGUACUUACCAAUACUUUUGUGAACGAUAUCUAGUGGAAAAGAUUAACAAUAACGCCACGAAAUCGAUUAUAAAUAUCCAUAUGCAUAUCAAGCUGGUACAUAGAAAAGUAUUGACGACUCCGUAAUAAUGGCGAUGGAAAUUAUCGAUUUAUUUCUUCCGUGACUGCCCCCACCCCCUCCAACUAGCAUUAUUAUCUCUUUCGCUCAAUAUCGGUUCUCCGUUUAAGGGUAAACACCCUUAAACGCAGUCGAUUUAUUAAUAGAGGUCUAUGGACCUAUAGUAGAUACUUUGUUCGAAACACAUACUGUAUAGAUAGCCGACCGUAUGAGUUUAUCUGAAACUUUGCAUCCAUUAUAUUAUACAAAUGACGCAAGCCGUGUUGUGAUUAUCAAUUCGUACAUUAUGUUUGAUAAAUGUACAUCGUACACGAUAACGCGGUUGAGAUAAUAUUAUGAUAACAACAUGAUCAGAAACUUGUUUUCGUAUCGUCGCGUUAUUCAAAGCCAAAACAAAAUACAUAAUUUUUCUCAUGCCCAUACAUCACGAGUUAACAAUGUCGAUACGAUUUCAAUACAUCAUGUCCUCUUGUUAUAUAACCGCUGCUUGAUCCAUAGGCACAUCUUAUUGGACUCUAAUCGCAAUAGCAUACAGACAGCUGCUAUACAGUUGGUUUAUGAAUCUUUAGACGCUCCGUUUAGUAGAUAUUUUUUUUUCGAAAAUUAUACGGUGUUUUCUCGAUAAUGCCCCUCCCUCUGGAAAAAAAAAAAAACAAAAACAAAUCCCCGGGAAAACAAAAACGUAAUUCACGUAAAACGUAACUUUUUCGAAACCGUUGCAGUAUUUUAGCGCAUACGUUGAUCGUAGUUCCCCCGACCAGCGCUGCCUUACCGACACCGACCCAUCGGAAAUGCCGUUACACGAUGAAAAAAUCGGUGCCGCCUCAUCAAAAUACCCAUAAAUAUACGCGCCGACAAUAAUUCUCGCUCGAACAAAACGCCGUGUGUCCUUCGACGUCGCGGGACAUCCUGUCCCAAUAUCAUAUGAGUAGGUGCAUAUGUGGACUAUGGUUAGUGAGCAAGUGUGCAAGUAUGAACGCACGUAUAUAGAAGAAUCCGAACAUUACACGGCUCGGGACGGCGUAUUAUAUAGAACAGCGGGAGGCGAAGCGCUAUAUCCGUUUUUACUGUUUCGACAGCCGAGACUGUAUUAUUAUUAUUAUUAUUAUUAUAUUGUCGCGCUUUUUCAAAUCCAUUAUCCCCGGAAAAAUAACAUUUCGCGUUCACUAUUACACACACAAACACACACACACACACACACACACACACACAUAUAUUUACGAACCCGUAUUGUUAUAGUGCGAGUAGCAGCAACAGAAGUCGUAGAGUGUUGCGUAUAGCUUCCGUUUUAUUCUCGUGUUUUUGCUAUUGUUCCGAAACCACUUUUGGCCGAAAGGAAUAAUAUACAAAAUAUACAUUGUACACGUGUAUAAUAAUAAUAUUACUGUUCGCCGCCGCCGUUGGUUGUAUUAUUAUUGUUCGGAGCAAAAUAAAGAGACGGCCGACAAAAUAUCAAAACAAAAUUAUCUAGAUACAACGGACAUAGAUAUACUAGAUAUCAUAGAUUAUCAUAGAUAAUAGAUACAUUGUUUUUUAUAUCGUUAUAGAUACAAGAGACACGUUAUUCGACAUUAUCGAAAUGUGAUACACACCGUGCUUCGUUUACAUUUAAAUACUAUAAUUAUUACCGUGUUAUGAGAAAAAUAAAAAAAAAUAAAAAUACUAACAGUGUACAAUAUGUAGAAUUUCAGUAUUAUGAAUUAUCUACAAAAUAUGGAAAAUCCAAUUAUUAUCUUAUUAAGUCAACAAAAUUUUAAAAAUUGUGAUAACGUUUGAUUUUAAAUGUGGCAUUGUUUUUGGGGCGCAUUGGAUUUUCGACGUACUACGACAUCUCGUAAACGUUACCACACUCGUUUAGAAUUUUCAUAAAAAUAGUUUACAUAGAUAUUUAGUAUGCAUGAUUACUAAUUUGUAUGAUCUUGGUAGUGACGUUAUCACAAUUGAUGCGAUUUCGGUCCAACUCGUUGUUAAAAAUUUUAUAUAUAUAUAUGGCUUUUGACUACACCACGUUUUGAUAUUUAUCUAAUUUGAAUGCAUUUGUACGAUCGUUUUUAAAAUUACGAUCGUCGUUCGGGUAUCGUAUUUUAUUCGUCGCCUCGGUGUUUCGCCAAUAUGAAAUGACUAUAAAAUAUUAAAAUCGAUAAUCAAAAUUCACGUAUUCUCACGCUUCUUAUUUCGUACAAAUGUAUAUCCGAGUAAAUGUCCUGUCGCCCGAUAAUCGUUUAAUACGAAUUGAUAAUAUAUAAUGCUAUAGACGAUUUAGUUUUCAAUUGGCUGUUGGUGAAUUUACGUGGCGAUUAACUCGACGAAUCGCAGAGUAUUCCUUCGGGAUUACGCGCGGUCGUUUAUUGUCAAAGUGGAAAUCCAGCGCAAUAUAAUAUUAUGUUCAUUAAGUAAAUUGCUAACGGGGAACAUUAUUCGACGAGACCUUAUGUUAUUAUUUUGUAUGCGGUGUGUGUGUUUUCGAAAUUAAUAAUACGAACAGUUUGCGUCGUUCUUGAAACGAUGACGCUGAUGAUCAAUACGACGAACCCACGUCGGCAAAAUAAUAAUAAUAAUAAUAAAAUCGUCAUUAACUUCAAAUGUGGUUAUCGUCACCGAGGCAUGUUAGCAUUUGGGGUUGCACAGAAAUACGGUGUACUCUUAUAAUGGGUUUUCAGAUCGAACCGCAAUCGUGUGCAGUUCACUUACUUCUCGGCCGUGAUUAAACAAACACGAGCAGUAGUAAUAAUUGUGUAGGUUCCUUAUUCUAAAUAAAUGUAAUCUCUAUACGUCUUACAACUGACGUUGAUUUCAGACACUUUUUCUAUUAGGCGAAUCUCCGCAUGAUUUGUUUGCUUAUUUGAUUUCACUUCUAGCUUCUUUUGAAACCAUAGGGCACCCAAUAAAUUCUCAUAAAUCGAUACAUUGAAUUUUGAAGUUUUUUUUUUUUUUUUUCGGUAAAUUGUUAAGUCUGUUACAAAUUUUUCGGUUUUCUUGUAUGUUUUGUCAAAAUUUAAUUACGAGGUUUUUCUGGUCAACCAACGAAAUAUAGAUAUACAGUUAAUUGUACCUACUAUUCUACCAGUGAAUUAAAUGACAGUUUGUAAUGUAAUAAUAUUGUGCCACAGAAGUCAAGUCACGCAAGUAAAAAAAAUACAUUUUACAGAAGAUACAAAACAAAUAUAAGCGCAGUUAUCAAUUUGUUAUCCAGCCCGUCAAUUAUUCUCAACACGAAAUUAUUGUACACGUGUAUUUUAUUAUAUAAUUCAUUACAAUAAGUAUAGAUCAACCGUGACAACAGAUCGCCUGGAUAAAAUCCAUGAUGUCCGUUAGCUAAAUUCAAGUUGACUGAUGAUUGAUUGAUAUCCAAGACUAGAGACUCGAAUGUUUUUAUCAUACGACCCAGUAUACAAAUGGGUCUACAAUUAAUUACAAAAGAACUGCCUGAUUUCAAAUAAGGAUAACAGAGCCAAUUUUCCAUUAGGCUAUUAAAGUUUGAGGAGAAUACCGUUGAUACUGAAAUAAUAAUUAUUAAGCAAUUUGAAGAACCGUCGGUAGAAAUCAACCGAUUUAGAUGAAUAGACAGAAUAGAAAUGUUUAACAAAAAGGUCUACUUUUUCUUGUUUACGAAAGCUGUUGACAGCAUCUCACGAAACCAUUUUCGGAACAACGUUAUGAGGCCAAUUUCUACGUACAAAGUUCCAGAAUUGCUUAGGAUUUGAGGAUAAAGAAUUGUCUGCCAUUUCAAAAAGAAAACUUAAGGAAAUUUUUCAGACACUGAGUUAUAUUUUGUACAAAACAAAGAAUCAACACUAUAUAUAAUCAGAAAGUUUAAAUACAGAUUCGAACUUUGCAUAAGUUUUAUUUUUAUGAGCACUAAAUCUUUAAAUUGCUUGGAUACCCAAAGAGGAAAGUUAGAUUUAUAAAAGACGGACAUUCUUCACACGUAAGUUGGCCACUGUUGUAAAUGUGAAGUUGAAAAGUGGAAAUUUAAUGCAUGUAUCUGUACACAACGAUUGACCAUUGCUAACGAAAAACGAUUCUGAGCACAGUUCAGUUAAUAGUGUUGCUUUGUCCACAAUAUAUAUGUCAUAUUAUCGUAUAAUAAUUACACAUGCAUCAAACAUAUUUUUUAACAAUAUUUGUUUAAUAUUGUACCUAUUAUCUUGUUACGUUAUUUCCCGGUUUUCCUAUUUAUUGGGAAAACUCCUGGGAAAAUCAAAAAUUGAUCACUUGAAAGUACUGCCCCCAGUAAAUUGGAUCGAAAUUGCUGGUAGAAAAGUUAUUCACAGAAAAAAAGAAGGCCGUAAUAUUAUUUAACUAAUAAUACGUGCAUUUCGUUAAUUUUACCGUUUUUACCAUUUUUUGAAAAAACUCUCAGGAGAAUCAAAAAAUGGCCUCCUCAAAGUACGAUUAAAGUUCGAUUUCCUUUUUAGAAAAAGGGCUACACUUGUAAAUCGGAGCAAUAUUUCUUGUAGAAAAGUUGUUCACGGAAAAAAUAGAAAAUAACCAUCAUUGUAAAACCACAUAAGCUUCUUCGCUCCAAUCGGAAUUGAAAAUUAGAGAAUAUCGAAAACAACAACCAAAUACACUUGAGCGUUUAUUCCCUGGAAUGAAAUAUAUGUAUGCUUCCCAUCUGUUUUCCAGAAAUAUUGUUUGUUUUUUGUGAAUUUAGGUGGCAAUGGGAACGAUGACGGGUCGAGGAAGGUAAACUUCCAUAUAUUAUUAUAAUAAUUUGUGGCCCAGGGUAAAAAAAAAAAAAAAAAACACUUAGUGCAAAUUAAAAAUAAAUAUUAAUAGCGCGCUCGCGCCCCCGCCGAGUCCAUUUGUGCUGAUUAAAGGCACAUUUUAUUUAUUUACGUUUCUCACUCUGUGCUGUCGCUCCACGUCUAUACACACGUAUUAUGAUAUUAUUAUACAGUGUGGCACGGUUUGUUACGCCGGUUUAUAAAUGUCACGAAUAGCUUUUGCAUUAUGUAUGAAGCCCGUUCCACGCGACACUAUACAUACACAGAGGUAGAUAGUCGAAAUGCUACUAUUUUACAGUCUACUUUUGACCGGUUUUGUAUACCGUGUGAAAUCCAUAAACCGUAAUACACUAAACGCGCAGGCAGUUGAUUAUAAACCAGCUGUUGUAUACUUGUUCAAUUUUCUGUUUCAGUUGUUUUAUCAUUUAUUAUUUUUUUUUUUUUUUUUUUUUUUUUUUUUUUUUUUUUUUUUUUUUGGUAUCGAAAAUUUCAUCCCGAAUAUAUUAAUUAAUUAACUGCGUUCGCGGGACCGACCGGGAGUAUCGAUACUGAGCGAGAGAGAUAGCGCUAGUUGGGUGCAGUCAUGGGAUAAAUUAAUCAAUACUCGUAGUAUUUAUACUGUACAGUUUGUUAUUAUUGAUUUGUUGUCUAUUAGCUCGAUAUGUCUGCAUUUACUUUCACGGUAUAAGAAAUAAAGGUUAAAUUAUUUCAUCGACGAUUGCCCGUGACUAUCUCUAUAUCCGUCUCAUCCAAUAUUGUUCACGGACAUCAUCACGACGGAAAGUGAGAAAAACGCAGUCCGCUUAUCGAUAUGUCUAUAUUCUAGGGGCGACGGUGCCGUCGGGGGGAGUGGUGUUUCGGCGUUCUGGUUUCGUGCCGAAAAUUAUAAUUGUUCAUUAUAUGCAGUUAUGCAUCAGAUUUCUACAAGAUGUGCAGUGUUACGCACGGAUAGUUAUUAAAUGUAUGUUAUGUAUGUUACAUGCACACGGUAAAGUUACAGAUAAGUUACAUCUAAAACAAAAUAAAAACAACCCCUAAAAAAAAAUCCUGGCUACGCCACUGAGUGGCGAUACUAUAACAAUAUCCUGGAAACAGUAAAAGAAUACGAGAUAGUAUAAAUUAUUGUGUCCUAUUUUGCCCGAAUAACUUUUUAACUGCGUAACCGCGUCGCCGGUUCACGCCCCGAUAGCCCGGAUUGUUUUCUGAAUAAUGCGAUUCUCGAAACUCUGUGGCGUUCUUGUUGCAUAACCGAAAGUUUAUAAAAACUUAACAAAACGCAACGGUGUAAAAAUUAAAUGAUUAUUAUAACUACUUAUACAAUGAAUAAUUCAAUGUAUGAAAACUAAUAAUUAGUUUUCUACUGACGUUCGCUGAACCGUAAAAGACGCGGCUUUCCACCUGCCGGUGUACUUUAAACACGAGACGUUAUUCAAUAGGUUCCCGACAGUUUUUCCGAAACUUACAACAUUCGAUGAUCGACACGCGCCAACAGGCGGCGGUGGACAAACGUAAAAAAAAUAAAUGUUUCUGAGCUUAGAAUACUGUAUUCAAAUCCGAAACCAAAUCUUUUUCAAUUUCGAGUAUACCUAAGUACCUUAAUGUAGUUUGUUAUAUUUAACAAUGUUGUAUUGUUUGUCGCUACAGAAAUAUACAACCAGAUUGUAUACAUAUUAUUCGUAUUUUGCGAAACAAUGCAAAAAAACUGUUUCGCACGAGUAACCCUCGACAUAUCCUUUUUUUUUUUUUUUUUUUUUAUAAUGACCCACGGCAACAUGGGUCGUAAUCACAAAAAUUCUGUACUUCUUAUAAUUAUUCUUAGGGUUUUAAAUCUUGGUUUGAAGUUUGGCGGCUGUGAUAAAUUCGAUAAUGUUGGGAUAUUGGCUGGGAAUGAUUUUGGAGUAUUUCAGCAAGUGAUUCAGGCAAGUUGGACUUUGUUUUGAUGUCGUGGUACAUUCGGCAUCCAGUAAGGAUGUGUUUAAUGGCGACUUGAACACAGAGGCGUAGCUAGAAAUAUUUUUCUUGAUAGACCGGAUAAAAUAACAUAAAUAGUUGAAUAUAAAAGACUACUAAUACAUAUUUUUGAUUUUAUAACUGUGUUAAUUUUUGGAGAAAAGUGGGUAGGCCCGGGCCUUACAGGCCUACGCGAUAGCUAUGCCACUGCUUGGACACCGCGACUGUGGGAGAUUCGAGAGCGUCUGAUUCUGAGUCUUGUUAGGUAUACUUCAAAUUUGCUGGUUAUUUCUAUAGGAAUAUCCAAUUGUUAAUGUUGUGUUUGAUGUGAUUCAGUUUAGUGGAGUUUAUCCGUUUGAAAAUCUAUUACGACGCGUAUAUUUAUUUUAUCGCCUAGUUGAAUCGUAUCGUCAAUUAGGUGUUUAAAUGUGUUUUCAAAACUAUCGAAAUAAAUUGAACGUUAUAACCUACGCGAGACGAUAGGAUUUUACAAGAGAAAACGGCGUGACGCCCAGUGUUCAAAUUGAAUAAGUAUUUCUUUAUCUAGAUAAAAAAAACGAUAAUGCAACUCAAAUGUAUCUGAAUAUAGGUAAAAGAUAGUUAAAUUCACAUUUAUCUAGAUAAGGAUAAAGAUUAAAAAAAAAGAUAUAUUUUUUUUAAAAUGGGUGUUCAUAACUCAUUAGGCAAAUGUUAUUAAUUUCAUAUUUUCAAAUUAAAAUUUUUAGCAAUAUUUCUGGUAGAAAUAUUUACAAUAUUGUAUUGGAUUAUUAUUAUAUUUACAAUAUUUCUGUAAAUACAAUGAAAACAAACGAAAACAGUAACACCUUUGCACCCCGUUUCCGUUCUACCUAAUAUUGUCUUUCAGUUUUCCCUGGUUAUUCCGAAAAAUCAAAAAAUGACCUUCGGUUGCAUCAAGAGAGAACAAGAGAAACUUACCUUUCGGAAAUGGGCACCGUAGUCUAUGAUUGGAGGCGAGUUUUCUGGUAGAAAAGUUAUUUUACAGAAACGAAAAAUACAAAAAUAAUAAUAAUAAUAAUAAUACACACACAUUAUUGUAAAACCAAUAGGUCGCUCUCGCCACGCUCCGAAUCUAAAACGUAUUUCGGUGGAUUCAUUUAGACGAGUAACACAUUUAUUAAAUGAUAAAUGUUCGGGUACCUUAUAACAAUUUAUCUGGAAUACUAGACGAGAUAAAAGACGAACAAACAGUAAUUAUCUAGACGAGUCCGAGCACUGGUGACACGCCGUGGCCUGACCGUUUAACCGACGAUUGAUGAAACCGGCAAUUAUUCGAAUUCGCCGCGCCUAUCACACGCGUCCGCCAUUUCGGUUGUGCAACCGUCCGGCCGAAUUCAAUCCUAUACGAUAACAACAAUAAUAAUAUACGCGGCACGCGGACGCGCGAAUCGGGUGAUUUUCGGGGGCGUUCGCCGCGGCCGGCAACCGCGGCGCUCGAAGAACAUUCGCGUUUCGGGGCGGGUCGGGGAACCGGGCCCGCGGCGCCCGCGAGGGGUUGAUUUAUACGCGCGCGCGCGGGUACCGACCGACGUACCUGAUAGAACGCCGAGUCGAUUCGCGCGGCGGUGGCGUUCCCGUGUUACGUCGGCUACGUCGUUUAUCAUGUCGGUUGUCCGCGCCCCUGUAACGGGCCCGGCCGUCGCGGCGGGUCCGCUACGUUGUCGGCGGCGGCCAGUUGGCGGCGGGAAGGACGAGGGGAUUGCGCGAAAAGUGUGCGUACACACAUAUAUAUAUAUAUAUAUAUAUACAUUUAUAUAUAUAUAUAAAAGUACAUUUAUAUAUAUGUAUAUAUAUAUAUAUAUUAUACCGGAUGGCGCAGGAGGACCGGAACGAGAGGGGUUCGGGAACGCGGUCGCCGGUCGGUUAUUAAUACCUCCGACCGGCCGGCGUGCUACAUAUUAUUAUGUACGUAUAUACAGGGUGUCCGACGGAGAUCCGAUAAACGCGAUAACUUUUCCGCGCAAUGUUUUUCGCCUUUUAUUCCCGUAUAAUUACUAGAGCGUCCGUUAUUGCGCCAUCCGGUUCUCAUGUUAAAUAUGAUCGAUUUUUAAAAUUUUUUUUAUUCUGAAAAAUAUAAAAAUAUCCGUUUUAUAACGUGUUUACAUUGGAACGGCAUUUCGGCGUUGCGAAACACGUUCGUCCGUGACGAGACGUUAAUUUUCUACAACCGGUCGAAGGCAAUUCGAAUCGUUUUCAACGCCACCAUUUAACAAUGUCAAUAAAUUCAUGGUUUUUCUCACGAAAACGCCGCGUUUUGUAACAACAUUCGUAACACCGACAUUUUGGUAGAAAAUGUAAACUUUUAAAUUAAAUUUUUUUUUUAUAUAUAAAUAUAAAAACAAGAGAAACGUAGCACAAUUUUACAGAAAUAAUAACGGAUAAACAAGUUAAAAAUAUUGAACAUAACAAAAGUUAUUUGUCUGAUUUCCGUGGGACACCCUCUAUAUAUACAAGCUGAUAUUACUUUAUUAUGAACCAAUGAUAAUUUAUACGGAAAUUCCAAACAUAUUUAAUUUAGCCGGCCACUAAAAACGUCAUUGUGAAAUAUUUUCCAAAUGCCGUAAAACAUUUAUGAUAUUUUACCGAGUUACCUAUCAGUACAGCUUUUUGAAAUGUUCGAAUUUUUUUUCCCCGUUUUAUAUGGACACGCAAUUUUUGAAUAGAUAUUCGAUAUACGCUUUAAAAUAGUGUACAAUGUUAAUCGACGGUUUUAUUGCAAUGAUAAUAAAAAAAAAUAUUGAUUAUAAACUCCCGACUGAAGACAAAUUUUAACGGAACGCGUAUGAAUCGUGGACAUUUUGCGUACCUACUCCCCGCCGUAUUUUAUUUGUAUUGAAAUCGUUUCAAUGAUUCGUAUUUAUGUUUUAGAAUUAAAGAUUUCACCCUCCAAUCUUAUUCCUCAUCGGAUUUAUUUUUCCCAACAUUUUAGCUACUUACACGCAUUUUAUUUUAAACAGAUAUUCAAAAAGAAUUUCUGUCUAAAUAUUUCGAUUCCCAUUGCAAAAGUAUCGGUAACACUAUCAGAUGAACACGGAUACUAAAUGUAUAAAUCCGAGACACAUAAAUAUAUGUAUGACAUACCUUUCUUUUCUUUAUUGACCGACAUUUUAAACUUGUAACUUAAAGACGGUGUAUACAGUCGUCAAAGAGAAAAUAUAGUGGCGGGUGUAGUCCCCUCCGUGUUAAAAGUCAAAUUAUCCGUUCUAUUUAGUCCCCGAAGUCUUUGAAGUCAAGAGAGACGUUCUAAUUGUUGUUACUGAGAUGGUUUUAGGAACAUUUUAUAAACUCGAAUAAUUUUUGGAAAAAUUCAAUUUUCUUUCAUAACUAUUUGAUAAUACAAAAUCAGACUCUCUUUUACUCUAUUUUUGUCGAACGGAAAAUAUGAGUGUAAGGUAAUAUUUUGAACAGAGGUGAUAAGCGAAAUUAAUUUGUAUACUCGUUUAAUAUAAGUGCAUAGCAUCUUUAAAAAACAAACGUGUUUGGGAGGAAAACAUUUUGGAGUCUUGUCUUCUUGCUGGUUUUUCUUGAAAGUUUGUUAGGAUUAAGUCAGUUUUGAGGAACGCCCUUAAAUUGUUUGGUAAAUGCAGUCUCCCAUCGAAGUUUUUCCCACUCUAGCUACCGGGUACAUCCAGCGAUGGAUUUGAGGAUAUUUGAGGAUCAAAAUCUCGGAAUAUUUCCGGAAUAAAAUAGUUUCCCCCCCCCACCCCGAAUAACCGAAAUAAUAACAUAUUUUUUAUUUUAAUUAAAUGAUGAAGUCGCUUCGGUAAUGUGCGAAAAAAAAAAAAAUUAAGAAUCCGGUCAGAAAUAGUUUCCGUACGGAAGGGAAUCGCGAAACUUACAAUACGUACCGUAAUGUAAUAUUACAGUUUCAGAAUCGGUUUUUUCCCCUAAAUUUUCCGUAAAUAACGUCGUACGAACACGCGCGCUUGACAAACGCGUUUUUCCCGCGUCGCCGCCCCUGCCGUUUUCCGGCGUACGUCCGUCCGCGCCGUCCCGCGGUCGUCCGAGACCGCCGGACGGCGCACGGUGGCGGAACCGAAGCGUCCCGGGGACCAGGAGCGCGCCGGCCGCGAUAAAAGAACCGCCCUGUAUACGCGCACGCACGCGUCCACGACAAUGACAUAGCCUCUUCUUCGGCCGCCGCCGACUCGGACGGCGGCGGCGACAGCGCGCGCAACAGCCGAGCCGCCGGCCCCGGACGGCGCCCCGCGGCCCGCGGCACGGCGGCACGGGGCGGGAACGGGGACGGCGGGUUUGGCGUUUUCCGCGCGCGUACAUUAUUGUACUUUUCCGCCGACGGCGGCGCCGAAUCGUUUGUUUAAAACCCGCGCGGGCGGCCCGCCGCCGAGAGAGACUAACGACCGCCGCCGACCGGUCCAAUAUAAUAUAAUAAGAAAAUUCCCGUAACGUUCGUGACCUUUUCCGCGGCCGACACUCGAACCCCGCGCGGGCCCGCACCGACGCCGUCGCGGCCGCCGCCGCCGCCCGCCCGCCCGUCAUCGCGCCGUCCGACUGCCGCCGCCGCCGCCGCCGCCGCCGCCGCCGCCGUCGCUUCACGGCGUUUUCACGCCGAAUUUCACCGUUCCGAAAACUCGACUCGCGCUCCCCGGCCCGCCCCUUCACCGGCUAACGCGUCGUCCGGUCCCCGACGAUUUAUUAGACGGAUUUAGAAGAAAACUACAUAGUUAUUAGAAGAAUAAAAAAAAAUGGAUACGGACGUACUAAUUGUAAACGAUUCUGAGCGAGGUUCGGUUAGUAUGGUGUCGUUUUGUCAACAAUAUGAUACAAUGUCACGUUGUGGUAAAAUAACUACACUUGCUUCGUACAUUUAUUUUCUUUAUUAACAUUUUGUUUAAUAUUGUUCCUACCUAUUUUCCCGGUUUUUCACAAUAAUUACGACAACAACUGGGAAAAUAAAAAAAAAAAAACAUCAGCUCCUCGCCACCUAAAUCUAAUUCCCUUUCAGAAAAGAAGCUACACUCGAUACUUCGGAACAAGAUUUCUGGUAGAAUUUUCGUAAACAGUAUAAAACAGUAAAACAAAAAUGUAUGUCAUUGCAAAAACCGAUAUAUUCCUUGGUCCGCUCAGAGUUUAAAAAAGUUUUCGUUAUUCGCCACCGUGUUGUCCGCAGUCGGUUAAAAAUACCUCUUGUCGAAUUAAAUUUUAGAUUCUGAACGAAACGAGGAUAGUGUAUUGGUUUUACUAUGAUACGAAUGCGUGCGUUAAAAAGAAACUAUACCGGAACAUUUUUUAUCUACUCGGUGUACCGAGGCGGAUAUGUUUUCGAUUUUCUUUGUAUUUUUUUUAUUUAUAAUAAAUGGGAAUAACUGACGAUUUUCCGUAUAGUUAUUGUAGUUGAUUUCUGUGCUACCUUGACACCGAGCGAACAAUACGACUAAUUAUUAUACUCUGCUCGGAAACGUUAUCCCGUGGUGAUUGUUCAACGUUUUGUACAAAUGUAAAUUAAAUUACUUUAUGUACAUAACCCCUAUUCCACCCUCCUACUAAAAUAGUGGCACACUCGUCAGCAGUGCAUAGAAGUUUUAUUUAUUUAUUUAUGUAUUAUGAGCAGCCAUUUUACGUUUGAUAUUGAACGGUGCGAGGUGCAUUAUUCGUUGAACACUUCUUGAGACUUCUUGGGACUUCCGUUCAGAUAACGCUUAAAUUACAAGCAAAUGGAAGUCAAAAAGCCUUACGAUCGGCUUCACUAUUAUGCGAUUUUGCUCGAGCACUUUUGUUUCUGCAGAUUCUCCGUAACCUUCUUUGUUUCUAUGUAAACAUGUUGGUAUUAUUGGUUGAUUUCACGAUGAAUCCAGAAGAAGAGAAGAAUACUUUCACGUGCUUUUUGGCGGGUUACAAAGGAUUUUGUUUUUGAUAUUAUAUCGCACGUAAGAAUAAAUAGUUCUCUCCGACCUGUCCUCCCCCCCCCCAAGAAGUUCGUCGAGUUAUAAUUAUUUUACCGACGAAAAAUCGCCACGCAGAAACAACAUUAUUUUACAAAAAAAAAAAAAAAAAAAAUCUGUUACGUUUUAAAUCGAACUUUCGCAGAGAAUUGAAAAAAAUAUGAUAUCACGCGUUGGGGAUUUUUUUUUUUGGUUCGUAUCGAAACAAGUACUCGAUCGUAUAUUAUAACACACAAUAUAAUAUUAUAGACAGAUACGGCGGUGUACUGUGGGGAACAAUACCAUCGUAAAAUAUUAACGCUAUAUAGGUACAGGGUUUUUUUCUGGUUUUUUAAUUAUACGGUUUUUUCAUUUUAUUGUCACAACUUUUUCCCCCGUCGUAUUUUUACACACGUCAUCACAACGGGUUGUGCUCGUAUACUUUUUUAUUAAUACCACCGCCGCGCUACGCUACAAUUUUUAAUUGUGACGAAUAAAAAACCCUACGAAGUUUUAUUUACUUUAGAUGAAAGUGGUUUCGCGAUGUUUAUUUUCGUUUUUUUUUUUUUUUUUUUUUACCACUGCAUCAUCAGCCGCAUUCCGUGAUAACAAUAAAACGAUUUUUAAAAUUUUUUUUUAUCAUUCGGAACAAAUCGCAAAUUCGUACGAAUUAACGUUUCGCGAGAAAACUCCUCCAUUUCGUGUAAAAUAAAACGAUAUAACGAAUAUAAUAUUAUAUUUUGUAUAGUUAGAUUAGAAUUAUAUUGAUCAUGUGAUCGAUAGUUUUAUUGAUGACGCGCCCGUUUUUGGAAUUUUUUCCGGAGAAUGUCUUGAAAAAAUAUUUAUCGAUUUUGAGGUCUGCUAUAAUAUUUGUAUACUUUUACUUUUACACACGCCAAUGCCAUCGAUAUUUGGCGCGUCUCGUUUUGUACAUUAUCCGGAGUACCCACCGGAUAAUGUCUCCGUAAGUGCCUAUUAGACAAUGCCACGCCCGCAUCUAUACUGUCUCCGUCUUGCAAACGCAAAUCCGCGUCCGGUGUACUAUAAGUUAUAACAUUAGAGCGGACGGAAUUAUUACCAAACUUGAUGGCGAGCACAUUAUCUGUACACCUACGUCGAUUUUUUUCGAUGUUUAAAAUUCUUAAAUGAAGUGUAUUCCGCAAACUCGCUUUGGAAAUUAAAAUAUCGAAAAACCACCGACGCAAGGACACAGACCUGGUGCGUUUGUAAUGCAGCGCCAGUAGAUGCGGGUGUGGCGUCUUCUUAAUGAAGAGGACGCCAAAGAAAUAGUACUCUUUUACUUCGAUUUUUUUUUACCAUAUUAUAAAUCACAAUUCAGAAACAUAAACUCAGACGGUUCAACACGAUGAUGAUAAUAUCUGCCAUAAUAUUUUAAUUUUCUUUCCGGUUUUCUUUUUUAUUUAUUGUGUGGUUACUGGAGGUUUCGGCACUUUGAAUACGCCACUGACGCCUAUUUAAUAUUAAAGUCUUGUUCUCUUUGAGAGAAUACCACAAUACCGCACAGGUAUAAUAAGCAAAAAAAAAAAAAAUAAAAAAAUAUAUAAAACUAUACUCAUUGUGCACAACAAUAAUGAACGCGAAUAUUCCAGUAAAAAAGAGUGAACUAUUAUAUUUAAAUCAUUUAUCAUAUUCUGAGUAGGCAGGUACACACUGUUUUUUUUUUUUGUUUUUGUUUUUUUUUUUUUAGUCUGUGAGCGUAUUUAUGUUAAAUACUUUUUAUUUCUCUUUUUUUCCUUCCGUUCUGCGUGUAUAUUUAAUUUUUUUUUAUUGUAUUACAUUUUUAUUUAAAUAUUUAUUAUACUUAAAUCUUCUUUUAUUCGAUUGUUAUUCAAAAUACGCGCACAUUCGAUUUGUAAUUUGUAACAUUUAUAAUCCAUAAAACUCGAUCGAGAGAAUUUUCAUUUUAGUUUAAUAUUAUGUGUUCCAUUAUAAAAUAUACAGUGGUUAUUGGCUUAGAAAAAAAAAAUAUAUAAAAAGCUUUCCCUAUAAGAUAGAUUGAAAAUGUUAAUAAAAAAAAAAAAAAAAUAAAUAAAUAUAUCAAAAAUUUAAUCUACAAAUGGUUUUACAAAUGACAAUAAGAAAAAAAAGAAAAAGUAAUUUAAAAGCUGUUGGAUGAUCGAAUCAGAUCAUGAAAUAAAGGUCAUCUAUUUAUUUUCUCACAACAAACAAUUCUUCCAUUUUAUGAAAUCAUUAUUAAUAUUCUGAGUAGUAUAACUUAAUAUAAUGUAGACGUGUAUUUCGUAAAUUCCGACAGUUUUUAAAAUAACACGACUUUUAAUAAUUGGUUUUCUCCAACAGCAGUUAAAUAAAUAUAACACCCGUAGUCAUCGUGCACUAAAAUUUUUAAUAAAAUUUCGCUAGAGAACUUUGAACAGGGGGUUGAAAAUUCACCGCCUAUUAUCAACCCCGUAACCCCUUUACAAAGUGGAUACUGUUUUACUAGUGAUAUUUUAUCGAGGGUCAAAUUUCACGACAGUGAAUUUUUGCAUUUACACCGGUCCAUGUUACCGAGCAAAAUUUUUAAUCAAUACAAUUAGUUUGUUUUGUAACGCCGUCGUAAAAUGUUAUAACUUUUUACCGAAAUGCCGAGAAAAGUUCGUGUAUUUCAGGGUACCUGCUUGUAUUAUAUCAUAAUUAAAAUAAUAUUUGAGACGAGAUUGAUUUUUUUUUUUUUUUUUUUGAUAAUAACAAUUUAUUUUACUAACGCCUACGGGCGCGCGAAUUUCCCACCGGUGUAUCGAAUAUCCGGCGAUGUCGUAGGAGGGUUUCAAUUAAAAAAAAAACAAAAAAAAAAAAACAGACGACGGUCUUAUUAAAAUGAUUUAUAAACGCGCGCCGCGUGCACUUUGGAAAUAUAAUAUUAUAUACACGUCACAUCGUAGUAAAGUGUUUCUCUUUCGCCGCCCUCUCCCCCCACACUCGCCCACUUUCCCUCAUAUAGGUAUUAUAAUUGAGAAGUGUGGCGUUUCUCGUUAUAGAUAUUGAUUGCUCGGGUAAAAAAAUAAUAAUAAUAAUGAAACCGAAACAAAAAGAAACCGGGCGAAUAACAAUAAUAUAAUGCCGUGGUCCUUUUUAUUUAUUUAUUUUUUUUAUUUUAUUUUUUCUUCUUUUUCUCCUUCUUUCUCCCUCCCCUCCCACCCCACACCACCCCGGUAACGUCCGGCGUAUAACAGACAUUGCGUACCCUGCGCGCCUACGUGAGUGUGCGUAAACAAAAACAAACGGCGAUUGGCUACACACGCGCAAACACGCACGUACGCGACGCAAAGAUACACAAACAACCGCUCGCGUAUCAAUACGUACACGCUAUACACGUACACUUGUAUUUGUUAUAUGUCGCGUCGAUAAUUGAAUUCUAAAAAUCCGACGGGCGUCGUGUCGUCGGCGGCAGCGAAAAGACCGCGGGUGGGCACAGCACGACGACGCACGACAGCGUUUUUCCCGUUUUCCUUCUCCGCGUUCGGUUUUAGUGUUUUUUUUUCCCCAUCACACCCGCGACCGAUAUCCUCCGUUAGCCGCCGUCACGAGGGAUUUCGUCGUCGUCGUCGCCGCCGCCGCUUUCGUUCUAUAAUUACGACCGACCACGCGUAUACGGCCAGCCGGGCGCCAAAAACCACCCUACGUACAUACAUGUGUGUGUGUGUGUGUGUACCACUCGACGCGUUCUCUAUAUUACACGUUAGUGUGUACACGUGCGAAAUACAGAGCGAUUGUUUUAUUCAGUCUCGAACCGCAGAAGAUUUCGAAACAGCCGUCAAACUCGGACCGCGCCCCGCCCGAGCAACCGAGACUUCAACGUACGCAAAAACAACGCUGAUACUGCUGAUGAGUGUGCCAGCGUUCCAGAAGAAUAUGUAGAAUAUGCGUAAAAAAAAAAAAAUGUGUAUUUCGUUUAUGCGAUAUGUGCGCGACGAUAAACAAUUGCUAAUGAAUACUUGAGUGUAAGCGGAAUUUGGUUGUGUAUUUUUUGAAAUGUCGAAAUAGGUUUUUGAAUGGCGUAUAAAAACCACUACAUUACGCUCGUUAUUAUUGUUAUCAUUAUUAUUUAAUCACCGAGUUUAAUGUAAAAUUCGCGUCUAAUUAAAUUCCGAAGCAUUUCUGUUCAGCCAAACAAUUUCAUCAAAUUUAAACAUACUAAAAAUAAAAAACUCGAAAAUAUCAAAUGGUUACAAACAGUUAAACAUUUCUUGAAAAUAUUAUACCACGUCUAGAAAAUGUUAAUAUAAGUAAUCUAUGAAAAUUGCAGGUCUCUACGAUUACAACAGAAAUCAAAAUCGAAAAUACAGAAACUAAUAAUGCCGUAGACUUUCCUGUCUGUUCUAGGUUUUUCUCAAUUCGGAAACAGAUGACAUAUCAGUAAACAAUAAACACAUCUCUACAUUAUAUACUUUUAAGCUUUAAUGUAAGUUUGAGUAUCGUAUACUUAAAUACUUGAAGUAGAACAACUCGUUGCGACUACAGUUAUAACGCGUUAAUCGACAAAUGUUCACAAGUUUGUGUGGUUUUUUCUAUCACAAUAUGAUUUUGAGUAUGUUGGUCUUUAUUCAAUCGUUAUUAAAAUUAACUAUUUUCUUUCUAUUUUUAUUCUUCUCGGUAUCACAACUUUUCAAGAGUUUUUAACCCCACCGACACUAUCUUCCACUCCUCAUGAUUGUGUACGCUCUUUCUACAAUUGGGUUUAUUGAUUCCAGUCUUCUCGUCACAUGUCUAAACUACUGGGUUCUCUGUGGCCUCACGAAAUUCGGUAUCUUCUGUACUCCUGUCAUAUCCCGUAUAAAAUCAUUGUUUAUUUUUCCGACACCAGUAUUCCAGUACGAUGGUGCAUACUGUAUUAUUGACAAUUCUCAAUAAUUUGCUCACAAAUGGCAUAAUUUUUUUCUCCAUUCAGUUAAUUACGGCCCACUCGUGACAAUCGUAUAUUAUAUGAACUAAUGAUUACCGCGUAAAGACGCAUUUCGAUUCUUCUGGAAAAUCGCUUUGUUUUGAAAUACUUAGUACGGUUAAAUGAUGCUUUUUUGCCGUAUUGAUUCGGUUCACUAAUUCAACGGACCAAUAAUCGUUACCUUCCACAGUUGUAAUUAGCACCGAUUAAUCGGUAUACAAAUCUAAAUUGGUGAGCAUUUUCAAACGUCCUUAAACUACCACAACAUUACUAUGCUAAUUGAAGAUGCGUUUAAUUAUGUAGAUUUCAAUAACAAUUUAUUUUUUGAACUGCACACUUAUGUUCCAUUAAAAGCACGUCAUAACAAUUUUUGAAUUUCAACCCACUGAACUUUAGAACUGACAACUCACCGAAUAUUUGCCUAGCAUUUUGGAAAUACAAAGUUUAAAAGUGUACAUUUACCGAUAAUUAAUAAAUUACGACUCCUAUACCGUUGUGAACGCACACGAUUUUAUACUAGCGCUAAACAUGAUAUUAUUUAACUGAAAACGAAUGCAUUUAUAUCGCGAAAACAUUUUAAGUAUCGUAGCUAUAUCAUUUCUAAAGUUUAUGUAUCGUAUAGAAUGAAUAAUACUUUAUACUCGAUGAAAUAUUACUAUUUUACUUGAGUUGAUUGAUGCCACGAACUAUGUUUUAGUAGAUUUAUACUCAAAAGUCGGACAAAACUAAAGCGAUUUUGUAUGAAGAAUUACAAUUUUGAAAACCAAUUAUGAUUAUUUAGGUUUUUUUACUAGAUUGUUGUGGUUUACAUUUAAAUUGUAUUAUCUUUUUAGAAAAUCGUUAGAAAAAAAAAAAAAUACAAAAUAGGAAACAUUUUAUAAAACCUUCAUCUUAAUGAGUGCAUUUAUUCGUUGGCGUUAAUAUAAUUUUUGAUCUUAACACAUUAUAUGCAAUCGGGUCGUAUACGAACAUAGAAGUAUACAAUUUUAAACAUAUAAUAUAUCGUAGUUUCAUCGGCAACGCCCAACAAAAUACUUAUUGUUAUUAUUUGAUUCAAUGUUUGUAAUAUUUUUUCUGCAACACUUUACACUUUACUGGGGUUUUUUUUUUUUUUUUACUUUCAUCAUAGCACUCCAAAUCGUUUAUUAUUAAUAACUCGAUCGACAAUAACUAAAUUAUUUAUAUUUCAUUCUAUAGGUUUUAGUUAAACUCUUUAUUAUAAAAUAAAAAUAAUAAAACUCAAUCUAAAUGUUUAAAUUGUAUCUUAAAUCGACAAAAUUUGUAUAUAAUUUCGAUUUAGCAAAACUUCGAUGCGUUUCUUUUUUCGACGAAUGGUGUUUUUAUAUGUACCGAAUGUCGUUAUUUAUUUAUUUUCAAUGACAAACUAUACACGGUAGUCCACUUAACGGAACGUUUUAAUGGCUUUUUUUUCGAAAUAAAUGUAUCGGUUCAAUCGAAUAAAAAAUCUUCCCUUGAAUCCGAGUCGUAUGACAUUUUUUCGUCAAAUUAAAAAAAAAAAAACUUAAAAAUACCGUUUCUUAUAUACAGUUUCACGGUUACAGCGUACACAAAUGCUAUCAAAUAUAUGUAUUUGAAAAUCAUGUUCAGGAGUUUUCCAUUGAACAUCAUUUUCACCACACUUUAAGAUAUUAUUAAAAACAAUCGAUCGUAGGAUAAUAUACAGAAUACAAUCUUCAAAUAGCAAUCUUUUAUUUUGGACAGUUUUGUCACACAAUCAUCCCAACAUACGAAUAUUUAUUCUGUUUUGAGUAGGCUAUUAAAUUAUUUACGUAUAUUUUUGUAUUAAUGAAAUUAAUAUAUUCCCGCCGGUGCAGCAAUUUCACAUAAAAUAAAAACUUAUAGCAGACAAUUUAGAUAGUUACGACACAAUUAAAUUAGUUACCAGAUAUAAACGCUAUUGCACGUACACAUAUUGUUUGGAUACAGAUAUCUGAUAAGAUGCGAUUGACAUCGGUUUGUGCAUUCUCCGUGCAGAUCUAGUUUAUGGAACGAAACAUUACAAUUUUUUCAAAAUAUAUUUUUUUCAAAAGAACAACAAUGAUAAAUCAAUAUAAAUAACAUUUAAUUUUAGUAUGAAUCUUUAUAAUAUUAAUAUAUUAUUACUAAAUUUUUUUAUUGCUAUAAAUACAAUAAUUGUAAUGAAUUAUAUAAAUUUUAAAAUUUUAAACAUCGAUUGUAUCCUUGAUAUCUGUAUCUUUCAUGUAUGGUAUCAAGACACGCAAAAUAAACGUAUUUUAUACUAGAUUUAAAUAAAAAAUAAAAAUAUCGUUUACCGUUGUAUGAAAUUCAAAUCUUAUAAGCAAUAUUUAGUGUUUAAAUGUUUAUAACAUUUUUCCAGUUAGCGGUUAAACGUUUUAAACGUUAAUCGACUUUAGUUGUUUGAAUGUUUUUUUUUUCAAACUUAGCAUUAAAUGCUAUGCAAACUUAAACAUGUAAAAUUUAAUGGUUAUUAAAUUUAAAACAUAGCCAUUGAUUUUAUAUUAUUUUAGACGAAACCAGAUAGUUUUCAUGGUAAUGAGAUGCAGUUUACAUUAAACUUUAAAUUAUACACAACAUUCAGUAACAUUCAAUAAUACGAUUUUCGGACAAAUAAAAUGGAGUAUACUCAUGCGUUACGACCACAAGCUGAAAUUCGGCCACAUUAACAUAGAAAUAAAAUAUAAAUAACCCUUGUAAACAACGGUACACAGAAAUAUUAGCUUCAAACCUACUAAUAAAUUUUACUCGUGUACCGUGCGAUAUUAUGUUGGUGAAAACCACACAGACGUGUGAACAUUUGUCGAUUAACACGGUAUAACUGUAGUUGUAACGAAUUGUUCUAUUCUGAAUAUUGAUACGGUACCGAAACCAACCUUAAAGCUUAAAAGCCGAUACAAAAAAUUUAAUUACUAAUAUUUUCCUUUGUUUUCGAAUAAAAAUUAAAAACCAAAACGAACUUUUUGUUGUCUGCUAUAUAGCGGUAUGUUCAUUGUUUUCUGUUAUGUUAUUCACUUUAAUCGUUUUUUUUGUUUUUUUUUUUUUAAUCGUUAAUUAUUAUAAUAAUAACGUUUUAAAGGCCUGAUUUCGUAUCAUGUACACGUUGCCCGAUUCUGGACACACCUAUACCAUACCAUUUAUGAUUAACAUUUUAAAUAUUGUAUAAUUAAUAUUGUUUUUUAAUCUGUUUUUUGUUUCUUAUAAUAUCAUUAUCGAAAGCUAUUGACAAUCAGUUGAAUUUAUUUAAAAUCGUGAGUGUAUAGUGAAGAUGCAAAUAAUUUUUACAAGGUGUUUUUUUUUUUUUUUUGCUUUGAGAAAAUACUUUUUUCGAUUAGUAUAAAAACGGGGGGAGAGGACGUUGCUUAUACUAUCCGAACUUAUUUUUAGCGGUGAACCGAUAAGGUUUUUUCCUAUAUCCGCGAUAUUUCGAUAUUUACUACCUAUACAAAACCAUUGCAAUUUUAAAAACAUAUCAUUUAUAAACCGGUUUAAAUUUUAUUUUUUAUUUUUUGUCGAAUUUUCGACGAUCGACUUUAAAAACCGUGAACACUUUGCGUGUACUGAUCAUUCGAAUCUAAUCCGGUCUAUUUUGUUUUGUUUUUACACAGGGUAUCGUCCGCAUGCAACCAUGACGUCAUCGCAGACGUCCGUCGAUCAGCAACAGAUUCAACAACAGCAACAGCAGCUUCUGCAGUCGGUCCAGCAGUCCGGGCUCUCGUUGUCCGGGACGACUGCACAACAACACGCCGCGCCACCCGUGGUCCGCAUAACACUUGCGUCCAUGGAGGAGUGUAACGUUCUUCUGCACAACGGGCUGGACUUUUACGGAGCCACGUUCUUUCCAGUCGAAGCCGCCUCACCGGUGCCGUUAAAAAAGAAACCGUUGGCGCCCAAUAGGUACCGACUUUUUAUUUCCAAACAUAAAUUUAAUAUACCUUAUAUCGCAGGUUCAGGCUUGAAAACAUCAGUUUAAAAAACACUUUAUUUCCCGGUUUUGUCCGUCUGACCGUAUCAAAUGGUACGUAUAUAACUGGUUCAUAGUUACGGUUGUUAAUUUGGUUAAAAUUACUGGUCUAUUAUUUUCUCACAAUUUAAACCCUUAAACUAUUCUUAACAACAAAUACAAUCCGUUUUUAUUUUUGUAUUAUAUGACCUAUACGUACACGUAUAUGCGGUAGACGUCAUCUUCAUUGAAAAAUUGUCAUUUUAAACAUGAUAGAAUUUAUUUUCCAAAAAAGCAGACAAGUACAAAACUCCCAAGAUCCCAAAAACGGACGAGAGUCGAUUUUAGAAAGCGGGCGUAAAUCAGUAUACCAAAUGGAUAACAUAAAUAAUCACGAUUACUAAUAAACCGGUAAACGAAAAUUAUUAAAGUUUAUAACCGACAUCUUUUCGAUUUUCAACUGGCAAGCAGCAACCGUGUAUAAUAAUUAUGGUUUUAAUUUUUUAUUUGGUUAUAACUAUAACUAUAUUCGCACAGAAUUUAUAAACUAGAAUAUAUUAUAUAAUAUAAAUGUUACAGUAAUAGAUGUUAAAUCCAUAUUAACGUUAAUGGAUAAUAAUGAAUAAUUUGUAAGGAUUUUAACGUUAUUUACUAAGACUUCACGUCAAUUCCAAACAAUAUUAGUUAAUGAUGUUAAUUGCAAUUCAAAUUGAAUUUUAUGAUAAUUAUUGUAUAUUCGUUAAGUAAUUAAAAAAAUAAUAAUAAUAUUAUUUAAAUUUGUAUAUGAUAAUUUCUUAUUUCCAUAUGAUAAAGAAGUGUGUCAUUUAGAAUUGCAUGAUUUCCCAUGUACACGACAGACACAUUUAUUCGUUUUAAACUUCGUCUUAUUGUGACAUCUUUGAUAGCCUUAUGUACUCAUAAGACUACCAUAGCCUGCAGCUUCUUGAAAUGUUAUCUCUUUUUCUCCCGAUGAUUCGAGAAAAGUUUUGACAUCCAACAAAAUGUAUCUGCAUGGCACAAGUUUUGAGAUCUCGUGUACUUGUGUUAAAAAAAAUUAUUUUCGGUAUCUAAUUUAAAUAUAAGUGCAUCAGAAAGCCCCACGUUAGUGAGCCCCACUAAUCUUAUUAAUACUUCAGAUUUAAUACUAUCUAUCGCCGUUAAGAUAACAAGACAAACAAAUAUAUCACGCGCAGUCCCAUUCACUACGAGAUAAAUUUCGUUUUAUUUAAAUAAAUAAUAUUGUAAUUUUUUUGAUUACAAAAAAGUAAACAACUAAUAUUAUUGCAUUUAAAAAUUUGUUCAAAUGGAUGGUUGUUUGUUACCUCUCCAUGCCAAAACUGCCGAAGGGAUUGAGCUGAAACUCUGUAUGUAUAUAGUUCUAGACUAAAAAUAAUAUAGACGCUAUGUUUUCUAAAAAAUUAAACCGCUAAAUAAGAGCUGACACAAGGUCGAUAUUUUUGUUAGUAAAAUGUACUUUUUUUAAUUUUUUUAUUUGUUGGUUACCUUGAUGAUACGGAUGAAAUAAUAAAAUUUAAAACAAAAAAAAAAAAAAAAAAAAACGAAUAAUAUUUAUUUAUUUCAAGUGGGACAGCGAGUUAGUUAUCUUUUAAUUUAGUUAUUAUUAUUACUAUUAUUAUUAUAGCUAUGUCUCUAUUAUAAGAUAACGCUUUGAUGUUUAUAUCUUUCAUAAUAUAGGAUUAUAUUAUAUCCAUAUAAUGUGGAUAUGCGAAUUGAGUAAUAGGCAUAGCUUCCUAGUAUAAUGUAAAAAGUCAAUAAGUUUUUACAAUGGUGCUUGUUUUAAGCUCAGCGAUAUGAGUGACCAACAAUUGAUAAAUAAAAUCAUAACAACCCUAAAUAAAAUCAUAGUCUAUUUUAAAAAUGUCCUGUCAACUAUUUACUAACUAUGAUAUUUAAUUUGUUUAGGUUUAGUUUUGUUUCUAAAUAUGAGCAUAAUAUAUUAUGUUACCAAAUUCAUUUAAAAUUGCAGUUUGGAGUUUAUAGUUUAUUGUUUAAACCAUAUUCAGAAACCGGGAACUUUACAACCUCGCAAAGUGUGCUCCCAAACUUGUUUAUUUUGUACUAAAAUUAAUUUUAGAACAGUGAAAUUCGGUACAAAAUAGCUAGGUCACUCGAAAAACUAGUAAACUACCAUAAUCGAUUUGUAUAAUAUUUUUAUUCGAAAUUUGAAGAUAUGAAAUUAUUGUAAGUUUUACUAAGACGGUGUGUUUUUAUUUUCUAUCAAAACCGCAUUUACCAGAAAAUGUACGCAAAUCUUAAAACCGAAAAUUAAAAAGCAAUAACAAAAACGAAAAACUGCUUAGUUUUUAAUAGUUCAAAGCGACCAUUCAUUAUCAGCAAAGGAAAUAGUUAACUAGUGUUAACCAAUAACCGCUAAACUUUUUUUUUCUACCUACCUAAUGGUUUUUAAACAAAACUAAUUACCGGAUUCGUGAAAAACGGGUAUUUUUUUAUAGUAAAAUUGAAAAUAAUGUGAUGUGAUUGAUUUAAUUUUCUAAUUAUUUUGAAUUUUCAUAUUAUUUAAAAAAAUAAAGAUUAAAGAUUUUUUUCCCUGAAAUAAUUUGUAAUCGGAUGUUUUUCUAAAAAUUCAUUAUAAAUAUCGUAAAAAUAAUAAGAUACAUAAUACUGUAACUGCAAUUUGAUGUUUUUCUAAAAAUAUCGCACUAUCACAGAAGUCAGAAACUUAAGCAUUCCCCUCGUCACCCAUGCACUCUGUUAUACCUAUUUCAUCUUAGUCCUGGUUUAAUAAUUAUUAUUUAUUUACAUUAUUAUUAUCUUGGUGCAAAUUCGUGAGUGAAUUUGUGUGGUUGAACUUUGAUAGCGGCCGUUUUGAUAAUAAAGACAGUAAAGACUCUAGACAGUGAUUUUAAACAUGUCUUAUAUGAAAUAUUUUUUUGAUUAGCAUUUCUAGAAAAUAAUUGGUGAAUAGAAGAAUUUUAUUUGGUGAAAACCAUAAUCCCGACUCGAAUUACGAAUACCGUAUGUAAUAAAAAAAAAAAAAACAACAAAAUAUGUAAAAAUACAUAUUUACUGUAAUGAAGUCUUCGUUUUUAUUUUCAUUUUUUUUUGUUGACUGAUAUAAUAUCGUGUGCUUACAUUAUUUUUCCAUUCUCGGCAAAUCACGUUUUUAAAUUGUAAAAAAAAAAUGAUAGACAAAUUUUAUGCGGCACAUCGAACGAGAGGAAAUUGGACCGUAGCUGUGAAAAGGUCGUUAUUUUUUGAUAUUGACAAAAAAAAAAAACCUAAUACAUCAUCAAAAAUCCUACUCACGGCCGUAUUUCGAAUUUUCAACAUGUUUCAAAAAACAUUCUGUGAAUAACAUCAAAUCGAUAAUAAUUUCCCCCAUCAAAUAUUGUCUUGCGAACACGUUAUUGCGAUUUUUAGAAAAAAUUACAUUUAAAAACGUUACAACAGUCAUAUUUUGCUGGAUGUGUCGUCGAGCCGACGACGUCAAAAACUUUCACUGCCUUUUAUUUUUUAUUUUUCAUUCCGUUUUUACGACGUGUCAGAAGAGUAUAGUGAAAAAUCUUUUUGCAUUACUCGCGACACAGCAUUAUUAAAUUUCUAUUUCUUUAUAUCCCCGGCAGAAGAUGUUAUUUUAUUUUAUUAUUUAUUUUUUUUUUACAUUAUUUCAAACAAUAAUAUUUCAAGUGUACUCGUCUACCGAAUCAAAUAUUUUCAACAAAAAUGAAUUUCAAUAAAAUUCGUAAAAAAAAAAAUAAAUAUAAAUAUAUUAUAAUCAUUUUAUACUCCUUUGGGAAUAUAGGAAAAUUACAGCGAAAAAUUCCCUACUUUAAGCGUUAUUUUUUACAAAAAAUAAUAUAAAAUAUGAAACCAUAAUUUAAUUUUCUCUUGUCGAAACGUUAAAUGUGAAUAAGUUUUAGUUACCUGUAUUAUAUUCUAAGAACUAAUUAUUCAUUUAGAGUAUUUCAUUUUAUAAAAUUGACAAAAAAAAUAAAAAAAUACGUUCCCUUUUAAAACACCAACAAAUAUAACGCAAUGCUUUUAAAAAGGUGAAUUUUUUAGCACCUUAAACUUUUUAAAAAGUAGAUGUGGAAAAUCUUUUUUCUUUUUUUUUAAAUGUGUAGCAAAAGUGGUUAUGCACUUAGUUGAUUGUAAUAAUAUCUAUCCCAGAUAUAAUAUACUAUUGGAAAUAAAAAGACAAUUUUGUGCGGAGUAUAUAAGCCCUAUUUUUUUAUUGUUGCUAAGGUAACUCAGAAAUUAACAAAAAUCGAACAACAACCAAAAAAGGACCUGGAAAAUAAUGAAUUGGUUAAAAUGUCGUUAGAUGUUUCGAAUAAAGUUAAUCACACCUAGCAAAUAAUCCACAUCUAUCAAAUUCUCAGAGGGUAAAUAAGUUAUGAUAAUAAUAUUUAAAUAUUAUCAGUUUAACGCAUUAUCGUUAAAAUAAUAGAAUAUUAUUUUAAUUACAUUGUAUUUGUAAUAUUGUUGCAGUAAUGAAUAAAAAAUAUUACUAUAUUGUUAUUAAUUCAUAACAAAAAUAAUAUUAUUUUUAAAAUCGUAUUAAUAAUAUAUAUAAUACGUAAUAAACAAUAUGAAAAGUUUCAAUAAAAUGAAAAGUACAGGCAACAUCGCACGUGUGUGCAGCCACUGUUGUAGGUGGGAAGUUGGGAAGGUAGAAUACAGAAGGAAAUUUAAUGUAUAUUUGUAAGUAAUGAUUAACCAUUUCUAACGAAAAAACGAUUCUAAACAGAGUUCAGCUGACAGUGAAGCUUUUUCAACAAUGUAUAUGUCAUAUUAAAGUAUAAUGCGCGUUUCCAUGACAAUAAUAAUUGUUUUAAAAUAAAUUAAAAUUAAAAUAAUAAACUUAAAUAAAAAACUUAAUUACAAAAAAUAAAUAAAAACGGUUGCCAAUGACAACCUUAUUUUUAACCUUUCAAUCAUUUUUAAAACCAGAUUUCCUCAAUAUUUCGAAUAUUAAUGAGAAUAUCUAAAAAAGACAUCUUUAAAGUACCACCAUAAAGAGAACAUUACCUUUCAGAAAAGAUGCUAUACUUGACAAUCGGAGUAAGGUUUCUGGUAGAAAAAGUGUUCACGUGCAAAAAAAAAAAAAAAGAAAACACCAUUGUAUAACCAACACAUUUCUCGCUCCUCUAAGAAUCUAAAACUAAUAUAACUUUUUAUGUAUCUAAAAUAUAAUACGAUUGUGAGAGGACCUCAACAACGGCUUUCUAAAUUAUUAAUAACGAUAUUUUGUCGUGAACAUCCGGCGUAUUUGACCGUUUGCGCGUUGUCCGCCGUAUAAAAUGUCGACGAUUAUCCCGAAAUAACCCGUUUAUACUAAAAUACAUAAUAACGUGGCCUUAUUAUUACCGUAAUCUAUAUUAUUGUUACGUUAUUCGUUGCCAUAUGGUUGUAGGUUUUUUUCGUCGUCAUUACCGUAACACAAAACCCACGCAAAUGUCGUAUUAUUUGAACACCGAACACUGGUAAUAUUAUACAAUAUAGUAGCUCGUUAUUUGUUUUUUUUUUUUAUAUAUAAUCGUAUACCUACUGCGUAUUACAGUUUCUGCACCUUGUGCAUUAUCGUCCGUCGAGUAAAGUCCAAUGGCAAACCGUGCGUUUCGGUUCCUCGCGCUUAAGUCACAUCGUAACCGGGAGAACGAUAUCGAAGAAUUGUAUCAUUCGUUGAAGCGGGUGUACAGUUCGUAAGGUUCGGAUAUGAAGGUAUUAACAUCAAAACUUAAAAUAAACCAUUGAAAAUGUGAAAAAAAAGGCAAAAUAAAAGCAUUUAUUUUAUAUAAUCAAGCAAUUAAAAAGCGAACGACAGUCGACGAAUGCGAACGGACGAACAAUCUUGAUUCUACGCGACUACGCAUUAAGAAGAUAUUUUAAUCUGUAGAUAAAUAGUUGGGUACUUUAUAAACGAUAAAUUAACAUUCCAUACCAAAUAAUCAAUAAGGAAUUUAGCGAUAUCGAUACAUAUCACCGAUAGUAAAACCCAUUUAACAUAAUUUGUAUACAUAGUAUUGACAAUGCGUCGUCUUUUUCAAGCUCUUAUCAAUUUUUACCGUUAAUACGUAUAUAAAACUACACACAAAAAAUCAAUAAUGCAUUAUAACUAAAAAAAAGGCAAAAAAAAAAAAAACAAAACAAAAUAUUCAUCUUAAAUAUUAAAUGAAACACAUUUUUAUAUAAAAAUUAUAUUUCCAACUUUAUUAAAAAAAAAAAAAAAAAGAAGCUUUUGCCUUCAAAUCCAAGUCCUGAUACCGUAAUUGGUACACAAUUCUAUUUUUUAGUUGUAGAAAUUGUAAAAAGGAAUCUUUUAUAUGUUGAAUUUUCCACAGUUUUUCAUAUUCAAAACAUUUUCAUGCCACUUUUCAAGGCAAUUUUCGCCUAUACUUUGGAUCAUUGUCCAAUGGUUUUUAUGGAAUUUUAAUCAGGGUCCUAUUAACUGGUAGUUAUUGAUAAUAUGUAAUAAUUAAACAUGUUUCAGCCGUCUGAUGGACUUGAUGACAACCAGCGGUCACCGUAUACGCGACCUGUUGCCCGUGUUCGACUCGGCCGGAUUCACCAAGAUUCCUCCGCCGUCCAGCAAAGUCGUCAAACCGCACCAAUGAUGACAACCGACCUAGCUGUAUACGAAAUCACGUUCAUGAUUCACGAUUCAUCACGUCGUCGUCGUACAUAACCCGCACGCGAUUUAGCAAUCAUAAUAUGAUAAUAUUGUAUUAUUUUAUUUCCAAUAAUAAUUUAAAAAAAAAAAAAAUAUCGUAUUUCAAUAAAUUUUAACAAACAAAUAAUGCACCCUCGGUCACAUAAUAGUGCACAAUACCAUAAUAAACUAUUAUAGCGUAAAUUAUUGCACCCAAAGUGUUUAACACACAUACAGUA